CAUUAAUCCACAAAUUAUUUAUACCUGAAUCACAUUUAAGGCAGAUACAAAACAUUGCAUGAAGGAAUGUGAUGCCUAUAAAAUACCUAUAAAAGUAACCUUAUUCUACUUAACUUGCUUCAUAUAUAAGAAGGUUGAAGUCAAAGAGACACUUGCAGUUUACUUUCUUAAGAAGAAACAUUUCCAAUUCUUCAUAUAACUCAAUCAGAGAUCAACAUGAAGCAUCAAGGCAGCUACUCUUCUUCUGGAUCCCUCAGGGUAGGCCACAGCUCUAGAGGCCAUUGUUCCUCUGGUAGCAUCUCUUCACUUCAUCAUGGAAGCUCCAAUACACUUCACCAUAAGAGCUUCAGCUGCUCUAAUACUGGUGGUUCCUAUAAAUCAUCCAGCCACCUUGGAGGAAACUCAAAACUAUCUAUCAGUUCAUCUGCUGGUCUUGCACAUGGAGGUGGAAGUGGCCAUGGUGGCCUUACAAGUAAUCUCAAGAGUUCUAACAACCACGCUCAUAACCUACUUCGUAUUAAUGAGAAAGAUACAAUGAGGGCUCUGAAUGAGCGUCUUGCCUCCUAUUUAGACAAGGUCCAUUCGCUGGAGCAGGAGAAUGCUGAGCUGGAAAGGAAGAUUUGUGAAUGGUAUGCAAACAAUGCCCCAAGCUCACUCCCUGACUCCAGUGAGUACUAUAGGACUAUUCAGGAGCUCCAGAACCAGGUAAAACAAGACCUGUAUGAGUUUAUCUCCAAUGUGGUCAGUUGUAGGAUGAUCUUACCUACAAUGCAUGUUUUAACGAGUUAAAGUAAACUUGUCAGUCAAUAAAAUAUCCAGACCAAAGUGUUUUAAACCCUGAAAAUACGACUGUAGACAUGACUGUACAAUAGAGAUAUAGAAAUGUUAAAUAUUCUACAAUAUUUUAUACACAUUACAUGAGAAAAUAUAUUAUAUGCACUGCAUACAUUUCAUUCUGACUUGAACUAAACCAAUAUAUAUGCCAUUAAAGAUUUAUUCUAAUGUGGUUAUUUGUUGGGUGAUCCUACUUACAAUGUAUGUUUUAAUGACUUACCUUCUUAAUAAACGUACCAUACUGUAAAAUAAUUCUAGUCCUAAAAGUUUAUGUAGAAUUGACUGUAUAAUUGAGAUACAGAGAUGUUCAAAACUGUUUUAUAUAACUUAUAUAAUAAAAAUUGUUAUAUACACUAUAUGAAUAGUAUGAUGUUGUUACAUUCAAGAAUGCAGCAUUUCAAAUUCUGAAUACAGAGCCUUAAAAUUCGCAUGUGGUUCAGCUUUUCUCAGAUAGAAAAUAUAAUAUCAGUGUGUAUAAUCAACGGAACAUUUUCUCAUAACUUUAGUUAUAGUCAAAUAUAGUUCACGGAGACCAAAAUGUUUAAGCAAAAGAAGUAAUAUAAAUUAUUUUUAGAGAUUAAUUGAGAAUGACUUUGCUUACCAGAUUUCUUCGGCGACAAUUAACAGUGGAAGGAUUGUCCUACAGAUAGAUAGCGCUCAACAAGCUUCAGAUGACUUCAGAAGCAGGUAAGUCUAUGAAGUUAUGAGAUUUAAAGAGACAAGUGAAGACUUUGCUUUAUACAGCUGUAGCAGCAUAUAUAUUGUAAAGGUGACUUUGUGUGGCAAAAUAUAAAUAUAAACAUAUAUUCAUCAAGUAUGGUGUUUAGUAUUAAAUGAAUAAUUAAAAAACACAAUAUUAAAAAAAAUCUAAAAAGCUCUAAUUUCUCACAAACAAACCUAUUUUUAUAUUGUUACAGCAAAACAUUCAGCAUAGAAUUGUACAUAACUUUAGUUUAAUGUAAAUUCUCUCGAGUCAACGAUGAGGUCUACCAGCACUUAAGUAACUGCUUUAGAAAUGUUCUUACUAAGUUUUCAGUUGAGGAAAGUUAGUGCAGUAGCUGUACACUUUCUUAUGUGUUCUAUUAAGGUGUCUAUUAUGUUUGAUUGUAAGCAUUAGUUUUGUCUAGUAUUGUUUUAACUGUUAGAAACCAUAACUUCUUUGGUGGAUUUUCUUUUGUUGUCUGUGUCUUUGUUUUUCUAAAAUGUCCACUUUGUAAAAUAGAGUUACGACCAUAGGUUAGAAUAUAGUGUUGACCUUUAUGGUAAACUAUUGGCUAAUUUAGGAUUAUCAAGGCAUUAUAAUUUAUCCAUAACUAUUUCUCUAUAUUGUUGCAUGCCGUGUAAUCACAGUACAAUAUAUUGUAAAUACCUUUACCCAAUCCUUUGCUAACUGCACAUGGCAUUGCCGUAGUAAUCAUCAAGUUGCGUUUUUGGCAUGUUAUUCCAUACCGGAAAAAAUACUUUCAACCAGCGUUAAAUUGAAAAGUGAUAAAGAGUUGAUGCCAUGCCUAUUCUCAAAACUGAUUAUAUAAUAUAGUGUGCUCUUUUAUUAUUAUUAUCAAUUUAGGUGUGAGAUGGAGAUAAACACAAGGAACAAUGUGGAUGGAGAUACUGGUUCUUCGAGAAGAGUCUUACAACAAAUUAACAACGAAGUGCAAACCUUAUCCGGAGAAGUCCAAGGUCUCCAGCAAGAACUUUUCCAGAUGAGGAACAACCAUUCAGGGGUAAAGUGGAAAGAUGUCAAUGGCCUAUUAUUAUAAUUUAUUAAAACACUACUGAGAACAAAGAUGUAUUUGGAAUAAUUACAGGACUUCAAAUGUCAAGUCAUAAGCUACUAGCCAGGCCUCAAAAGUUUUUUGCCACUGUAGCCUAGAGAAUCCUUGGCACUUUUACCAGUGGUAACUUUGUACGAUGCAGGGCUAAAUUUUUACUACGAAUGUCCAGUUAAUUUUUUUCCAUUAAUUAAUAAAAGUGAACAGUUUUGGGGAUCUCUUUCUUACAUACAUUGUGUGUGUUUGUUUACACAUUCAAACCUAAGGGUCAUUUAUUUCUUUAUAAAUUACUUUAAAAUCUUUCUUUCACGUCUUACCCUAGUCCUUUGUCUUUUUCAAAGGAAGUGGAUGGUCUGCGUGCUCAACUUGGAACCAGAGUCAACGUAGAAAUGAAUGCUGCGCCAUCCAUCGACCUGAACAGAGCUCUAUCUGAGCUCAGAGAAGAAUAUGAAAAUAUGAUGGAGAGGAACCUCAGGGAAGUCGAGGGCAUGUUCUUGGCAAGGGUAAUUUUAACCAUAAUAUCAUGGAGCAACUAGCUGACAGUAAACUAUAACACUAAAACUAUAGACCCAUACCAGAUUGGUAAGAACAGUAUUAUAUUUUUACGUGAAAUGUUUUUUUCUUGCAGAGUGCAGAACUGGACAGUGAGAUGUCUUUAGGAGCCGUACAAUUGCAGUCAGUUAAUAAUGAUAUCAUUGAUUCGAAGCGGUCUUUACAGACCCUGGAGAUCGAGCUGCAGAGCCACCUAAGCAUGGUAUGUCAGCAUGAAUUAAAAUAUGUAAACAUAUAUAAAGCAACACCAUGACUAUAUUCCGCAUUUGCAGUUUUAAUUGGUUCUAAUAAUGCUUUAUUGACUACAAAGUAACUUGUGUAAGUCUUUAGUUUAAGAAAGUUUACCAUUGGCAAUUUUUUAUGUCACCAAGUUGUGCCAGUAAUAGUAACUGCACUUGUGUCUUUUACAUGAUGUGCAUUUUAUAUAAGUAAUAAUUGUGGAGAUAAAAUAAAAUCCUUUUAUAAUAUGAUAUUUAACAAGUCCUGCUAUUUUUGGAGGUUGACUACAUACAGUUUGGUUUAAUUGUGUUUUCGAUGAUGACCUUCUAGUUUAUGCUGAAUGCUUUCCCGAGAAAUGUUACCAUUGCUGUAUAGCAAAUUAUAUCUCAUUCAUAUAUAAAAGAUUAAAGGCAUGUUGCAUGUUAACUCUCAAUUUUAAGAGUUACUUAAUGUCUUUGCACUGAAUCUCCCAAAAUUUCUGGGUGAGCAUUUUAUUAGACAACGCAAAAAUGUAUCAAUGUGUAGUGGUGAUACUCGUCAACCUUUACUUUCAACAUUUGUGAUCUAUUGUGAGUGCACUACAAUAUAUCCAACCAUUGACACACAACACAAAGAAGCAAAGCCAGCUAUUUUAACUAAUAUCAUCAUGAUGGAAUAUGGGAAUGUUUCGAACUUUUAAAUAUAUUAAACAAUAGUACAAUAAUAUGAUGUAAAAAAUAAAUCCCUGAAUAAAGGAUCAUAUACUUAUUUAGUUAAGUAAUAUUGCUGUGUCAUCAUUGGCAGAAAUCAGCUCUAGAGGGCACCUUAUCAGAGACGGAGGCAACGUUUGGUUCUCAGCUUUCCCAGUUACAAUGCAUGAUUGAUAACAUUGAAGGUCAGCUGACACAGAUCCGAUCUGACCUAGAACAACAGAAUCAUGAAUACCAAGUUCUCAUGGACCAGAAGACCCAUCUAGAGAUGGAAAUCAACACCUAUAGACAUCUGCUGGAUGGACAUGACAUUCAGUGCGUAUUACAAUUUUUUGUCAAAUUUAGUUGUUAAGUAUUCAGAUCAAAAAAGGAGAGGAAAAACGAAAUAAUGCUGGUUUAAGUGUAGUCAUCAUGCUGGAAAAGUUGACAAAACCUGGCUAUUGAUAUAUCUUCAUAUUCAUGUAUAACACCAAUACAUGGGCACUUACCUACAUUAAUGAGUAUACAGUCACAAGUGAGCUUAAUAAACACUAUAAUAUUUUAGCUUAUAGAACAUAAUGUAAAAUAUAAUAUUUGUAACUGAGGUGGGCAGUUAAAUGUUUGUAUUAAUUGAACAGAUGAGAUAGGUGACUGAGAGAGACAACUAAGGAGGAGAUAAUUAUUAGUCUUAAAGAAAUUAUAAAAUGGGGUUUCACAGAAGGUAUAUGUGCAUAGAUGGGUUUUGGGGUACAUAAAAUUAUAAAUGAGGUGGAUGAUUAGAUAGUUUGUUUUAAUAUUAGGGUUUAAAAGGAAGAAGAUGUGCAACUAGGAAGAAUCCAGGAAGUUGGUGGUAAGGAUGUAAAUAAAGCAGAGAUGAUGAGCGUAGUUUACAUAGUAGAUUAAUAAGAAGACGAAGGGAAGUGCAACAUACUAAUCAGAAGUGGCCAAAACAUAGAUCCCCACCUGUUACAUAACCACAGAUCACAUGUUGCUUUACUAAUUGUAAGUUUGACAGUGCAUCAUUGGGAUUAUAUGUCCGCAAUAGCUGGGCAUCCAGUUUCUGGAUGCACCUUUUUUAGAGGGAUAUUUUUUUACUAGUUAAAGCAUUAUUAAUUAGUUUAUUAGUAAUCCUGAAUGCAUAUUACGAAGUAUGAAGUACUAAGUACCGAAACAUUUUGAUGUUAAGGCAAUGAAAUAUGUGCUGCUCUAUAUUUCAGUUAAUUUCACCUAAGGUAAUUGUGUAUUUUUGAUAACAAAUAUAAUACACACCUCUCUCAUAUCAGUUCUUCUAAACAUCUCUAAAUCUUUUCACAGUAUUGCCAAUCAUACCAGUUCUGGAGGUGAGUAAUAUACAUCACAAUAAAAAAAUUACAUUUGCAAGGAAAAUGCUUAGCUAUGUAUUGCAAUGAUAUUUGAUAUUUCUAAAUCUUGCCUAUUGAUCCAACUGUUAUACAGUAUAAAGGGAAUCAACACAGUAAAGGAGGAGACUAUAUUUAAAAGAAGAAAAACUACCACAACAAGAGGACAUAGUCUUAAAUUAGAGGGACAAAGGUUUAAAAAUAAUAUCCGGAAGUAUUACUUUACUGAGAGGGUAAUUCAUGCAUGGAAUAGCCUUCCAGCUGAAGUGGUAGAGGUUAACACAGUGAAGGAGUUUAAGCAUGUGUGGGAUAGGCAUAAGGCUAUCCUAACUAUAAGAUAAGGCCAGGGACUAAUGAAAGUAUUUAGAAAAUUGGGAAGACUAGAUGGGCCGAAUGGUUCUUAUCUGCCGUCACAUUCUAUGUUUCUAUUACUUUCUUAAGAUUGAAUCAACCCAAAAAUAAAAGAUGUAAUAAAGUCUGUGUGCCCAUCUAAUUUUUCCACGUCUGCUCUGUUCUAGCAUCCCAUCACAACAAGUGCAAGUAAUGGCCGUGUGCUUCUCAAUAAGCUCUUGAUGCCUCUCUAGAAAAAGAAUAACAUGAAUUGAAUCAUUAUGAAAUCAACUUCUCUGGAAUUAGCAAUCUGCCUUUAUUGUCUUUCUUUAAUUCCCUCUCCAUUCCUAAACUGAUACUGAUUAAAUGCAAGUGAAAAUCCAACACAAAAUAUAUUAGCUAUGUGUACAAGUGAAACUGAUAUUGUUCUGAAUUAUUGGACACUGUUUGUGUCAUAUUGUUACUGAAAAAAAUAGAACUCAUCUACAGCUUGUAUAUCAAUACAAUAUUUACAAUGACUUUAUGCAGCUUUAUCGAAGGAUGGUGUUGAGUGGUUUGCCUGGCAAAUAUUAUAUGAAAGAACAUUUGAAUUUCCAAGUACUGAAAGCAUUUUAUAACUGUUUCACGAAAAUAAAAUUCUAAGACAAUGUUGAUCUGCUGCAUAUUUUUUUGUAAACUAGUAUUUUACUAAUAUUGUAAAGCGCUGCGGAUUACGUGGGCGCUAUAUAUAUGCCAAAAAUAAUAAUGAAAUAUUAAUAAUAUAUUUAUCGUUUGGAUUUAAGUUUUGUGGGAACUUUUGGACUGUAUUGCAAUUACAACUUUAUUGUAACUCAAUCUACAAUUAAUUUAAAAUAAAUAAUUUUUCUUUGUCUUCUGCAAACCCGGUGGUGUAUUUGUAUUUUGUAUUACGAAAGCUAAAAGCUGUUGGAUUCUCAGCUUUUCAAAUAUUUUAGAAUUGAAUUGCCUGAAUUUAGCUAGUAAUAUUUGUUUUCACUACUGUUUGGAGUUGAAUGAAUAAACCCCUCAAACCCACACACAUUAUUGCACUGCUGGAACAAUAAAACACAAACUAUAGUCAGUUUCUGAAAAUAUAUUUACUGUGCUAAGAAUUACAAUUAAGACAGAUCAACUUUAAAUGUUAAGAAUAUUUAUAGUGUACAAAACAAACAAAUAAACAACAACAACAAAAAACAAAUCUACCUCCACUACAGGCAAUGUAGACUGUGAAAUGUACAACAUCUUGGAAACAUUGUAAAAAAUAGUUUAUUGGUUUGAUAUUUUUGAGAACGGCUAACGUAGGUAUUCACAAAAGUCAGAAUUCAAAGUGAAUUUAGAAUUUAAGGUUAAAAUCCCCCCAACUGGACGCUUGCUGUGAAUCCAGUUUGGUUACUUUGGCCUAACAUUUGAAAUCCAUUCACUUUGAAGUCUCACAUUUGGGAAUAACCCUGUAAGAGUAACUAAAUAACGUAGGAAUUCAUGAAUUGCAGAUAUACAAACAAAGCAUAUUUUAAUUUUGUAAACAUCAGUUUAUCGGUUAUCGAUUUGUUUAAAUGUGACAACAUUCUCUAAAAUAUCAUUUUAAUUCUAAGAAAAAAAAGUCUGUUUAUAUUACCAAUAUAUAAUAUUCAUCUGUGAUGAUAAAUAUAAAAAUAUAUUAAAAAAAUAUAUAUAAUUUGAGAACGACAUAAUUGGUUUGUAUAGUUAUAUUUAUGUGUUUUAGUGUUGCAUGGGAGAGCAUCACAUUGUUUUGGUCUCUGCUGUGGCUCACCUAAUAGAAAUAGGUGGAGACCUAUCAUCAAGCCCCUACUUCAGGGAUAGGAACCCUUCGACAUUCCAUAUGACGUGCACUACAUCUCCCGUAAUACUCCUACAGCCAUGAUGCUGGCAAAGCAUCAGGGGGAUGUAGUCUGUAACAUCUGAAGUGCUGAAGGAUGUCUAUCCCUACUUAGUAUCUUAGCGUCACAGGUGACCUAAAAUUUUUAUUCCUUUAUUAUGUUUUCUUAAUAAAGGGACAAAUGUCUUUGUCAGUGUAAUGAAGCCACACAGCUCUCUCUAAUUGCUCUAACAGCUUACAGCAAAUAUAUGUACUGACAACAUGGAAAAUAAGUCAGUCACAUUGGACUGCAUGAAUGAAUGAUGGUAACUGAAAAGAAUAUUAUUGCCAACUUCUAAUCGAUAAAAACAACAAAAAUCCAAAGGAAGCAUCAUAUGUUGCAUGGGCACCUUUGAUGCAUGUUGGGAAAUGAUAAUGGGUAUCUUCAAAACGUUUUGGCCCAUACUAGUGUCAUGGGCAAAUGCAAAUAUUACAAGUUUUAGAAUGAACUGUUGUAUUUCUUAAACUGUGUACUUUGUCUUAAAGAGAUAUUGCAAACUGACAAGGUGGUAGAAAUGGAACAUAUUGUUUUUCAUAACUGUUUCUUUAGGCAAUAACCUCUUACCUACCUACAGUGCAUAAUAUGUUUGCGCCAUUUUGUCCCAGACGAAUUACAAUAACAAUAAUGCUUAAGCAAGCUUCAAGUCUAUGCUACGACUCUUUCAGUAUGCAACAUACUGUGGUAACCUUAGUAGAUAAGGAUGUUCAGACAUUAAGAUGGCAUCUUGAAUUAAGUCAGGAAAAUUUACAUGACAUAUGCACCCUUUAGAUAUGGCCUUGUAUGUUUGCCAAAUUAAGGGAGGUCCUAAAACGAAUCAAGUAAAAGAAGUGUUACUUUUUCAUAUAUGAACUACAGUAACCCUAAAAUGGAGACACCUAAGGUAUAAAUAGGUGUACUUUUAAAUGUUAAGGAACAGAGGAGAGACUUGGAGACAGACGCAGCUCCAUCUUAAAAUGACAGAGAGGCUGACAUGAUGACAUGUUCAGAAGGGUAUGAAGGGUAUGUUAACCUAUUAAUGAUAUUUGCAAGCAUUUAAUUUAAUCUUAUAAACUCUGCUAUAAUGGAUUUUAUAUAUCUAUAUUUAUAUUUUUAUAUAAUAAAUACAAAAAAGACAAAACUUUAUUGCUUCCAAGACAAUCCUUAUUUUAUAUUGUAUUCACAAUUAUUUAUAUAUGUUAAAUAGAGGAUCACUUGCACUAACGAUAUAAAAUUAUAGCUAAGAUAUCUGUAUGGUAAGCCCUGCUAAGUUCUAUGCUUUAAGACCUUAUAGUGGUAAAUAAGGGAACCAGCCGCGGUUACACUAGUAUCAGAUAGACACCUUAAGGAUGUCGUGACACCUCAUCCAUCUAUUACGGAACGCAGAUGGAGAAAUUUGAGAAACUUUUUGUUACCCAGUCAUCUCCCCGCUAGUGCCACCUCAGGUCACCCUAAAAAAUACUUACCAGCGGGCUCCUAACAAUGUGGUCAUUGUAGUGCAUGUCCCUUUAUCAACAGACAUUAUAAGGCCUACUCCAGUAGCAACAAUAUGGAAAUGUAUAGAUCACACUCUUUCUUUAGUUGUUGCACCAUUGGAAUAGUCUAUUUACUGACAUGUUCUUGUGGCCUGAUGUAUGUGUAAGACAUUUUGCAUAUUUAAAUACAGAAUCCAGGAACACAUUAAUUCAAUAUGGAGAUGUCUGGAAACCCCAAUUUCCAGGCAUCUACAUCACCAUCAUGACCACUCCUCAGCUCUUAUUUAUGAGUCUGGAACAUGUACCUCAACCAACGCGUAAAGGGGUUGGUACAUUACACUUUGUCAGAGAGAGGCGUUCUGAAUUUAUAGGUCAAAAACACUAUCGCCACAGUGAUUAAAUAAAGGGUUUUCUUACUCCCCCUUCAUAUGAUACAGGGACUGAUUCUGUGACUAUGUGGGUUUUUAUUGUAAGCUAGUAUGCUAUACAACAAUUGUUGUCUAAACCUUUUUUAACCUUUUUAGUUACUUGCACUUUUUAAUUGGUGUCUUUAAUCACUAAUUUUGCUCUCAUCUAAAUAUGUAUAAUGAUGACUGACUACUUGUGACAUUAUAGUAGUUCAUGUAUUCUUCAGUGGCUCUUUAUACCACUUUAUGUAACAUUUAUUAUAGAUACUCAACUUACAGCUUAUACUUAUGAUUACAUAUGGGAGGUACCUUCUAAUGGGUCAACCCACGUUGGCACUAUUCAUCCAUAAUGCAUUCACCCAUCAUGUAUUCCUCUUGUGCCUGCCUUAUAAUCAUUUCAAGUAAUGGUAUUAACCCUUCUUUACAGCUAACUAGGACAUAAUAUAACUUUCUUUUCGUUGUGGUAUAAACAAGGGUAUAAAAUAUUGUGGUAACUGCCUGCUAUGUAUGUUGGUUUGCAGCAAUCGCAUGUGGGCAGUGCUUGAUGAUGGGAUGUCCCAUCCCAUUACUAUUGAACAGACCCACUCUGCGCACGUCACGGAUGCUGCCCACGUCCCACGUUGGGUCGGACCUAUGACGCUGCAUACUGACGUCUCCUGUGCAGACAGUUCGAUAUGGAUGCUGCUUUCCUGUAAUGGAUAGUGUGAACAAAUAUUGCCUAAUUGGCCUACAGCUAUGCUAGUCACAGGUGGUGAAUGCCUAUUGGUGGUCUUCCCAACCCCAUUGAUUAUACACCUCCCUAUUAGGUCUGGCUACACUUCAAGUAAGGGGAUUGGAUGAGACAUCGUUGUGCACCGCCCCCUGACCAGCUGAUUCUGUUAUGGCUCAUUGUUUAUAUGGUAUUUAAACAGACUACUGGAUGAGACAGACUACUUUUCCCCUGACGUCGGCAUUGUAUCACACCGAAACGCGCGUCAGGCUCUUUUACUAUUUUCAAUUAUGCACUUAUUUUCACGUUAGGUAGCACUUCGCCUUUUCUUUGAGUUAUCUCUGCAGGGUCUAUGGUUUAGGUACGCAUUCUUUCUGAGUGAUAUGCAGACAAUUCCCUUUUGUCCCCAUCUAGCCUUUGACAGUACCUGUAUAUUAGCAGGAUAUCUAACCAGAGUGGAGUUACUUUUGUGCCUCUCAUCUGUCCUAUAGGGAUACCCUCUACCUGGCAUUCAGACACUGUCUUUCCUAUUUAGGACCCCUAGUUAGAUAUAGUGGCUCUAUGUUAUAGUCUUGAUAAAGGUUUUUAAUUCAAUUUAUUUUGGUUUUGCUACUAUACUAUUUUAGAUUGUACACUUUCUCAUACUGCCCCUCUUUUGGGAGUGGAUGAGUGAACGAUAGCUAGUGCCUGCAUGUAAUGCAAAAUAAAUGAAAGGGUGGUCAUUUAACGAUGAGUUUAUCAAGCAGGCUUGGGGUUUUCCUCUUCAGUCUACCCACACUGGAACAGGAAUGUGCAAAUUACACAGUAUAUCAGAAUCAGAAAUAGUGAAACUCUCUAUACCAGUGGUCUCAAUUCAAAUUACUUGGGGGUCACUGGCCUAGUAAUCCUUUCACAUGAGGGCAGCUUGUAAAAAUCACAAAUCACAAAAUUGCAAAGAAACAUAAGUAACCACAGCCGGUUCCCCUAUUUACCACUAUAAUGUCAGGGCUAACCAUACAGAUAUCUUAGCCAUAAUAUUAUAUAGUUUGUAAGAGUUUCUCUAUUUAAAAUAUAUAAAUAAUUGAGAAUUCAAUAUAAAGACAGAGACAAGCCCAUAAUUGUAUGGGGAACUGAACGUAACGACAGAAGGCUAAGUGAGGCCUUGUGAAAUUGAGGUAAUCGUAACGAUGUAUGUCAGGAACAAGGUCGACAAUCAGAAUUUUUAAACGUGGUAAUUUGACGGCAAAGAAACGCGGCCAUCUUUGGAAGGUCUGAUGUACCUUCAUAGAGAAUAACGGCACGGUGGACAUCUUGCAGGAGGCGGAUAUACUCAGAUGAUUGCCGGAAACACUCCAUAUAUGGCGAAGAGGACAGACCAUCAAUCCACAGCUGUUAAUAUUUGUAAUGUAAUUAUAUUUAUUAUGUAUACUAAAUAAGAAGGUUGUGGCACUAGUUAUGAUAUGCACCUGAGGGAUACCUAUUGGGUCGAAACGCGUUGUGCUCUAUUUUAUUUUAUUUUGUUUCAAAAAAAGUAUUUACCUUUUAACCACUUUGCAACCUGGUUCCUGAUUUUAAUAAUGGACAUGGACUACUCUAAGAGACCAACAUUUAACAGUCCAUAUUGCAUUUAUGGUGUAUUUUGCUGCAUGAAUCACUGCUUCUCUGUGACAAGUCUAGUAUAUCCAUGUGUUCCUCAUGAAAAAAAAAAAUAUAUAUAUAUUUUUUAUUCAUUUGGCUGUCAACUUUCAAGUUCCUUAUUCUUGUGCUUCAAGUGAAGAACUGUUUAAUUCAGCCACUUUCUAUUUGUUUUAUUGUUGUCCAUCUGUCACUAUCUCAACAAAUGUAUAAUCCCUUUGAUCAGUUAAUUCAAGUCUGUGUCUGGUGUAGUCUGCAUGCAUCAGAUAUCAACUAUGUUGCUCCAAGAGCCAAACUACAAAAGCUCGGUAUGACAAGGUGUGAUGAUCUAUACCUUUGAUGUACAUUUAUAAUAUAAAUUAGUAUAUUAAUAAUUGUAUUCACCACCUGUAAGCGUUCUCAUUAAUCCACAAAUUAUUUAUACCUGAAUCACAUUUAAGGCAGAUACAAACAUUGCAUGAAGGAAUGUGAUGCCUAUAAAAUACCUAUAAAAGUAACCUUAUUCUACUUAACUUGCUUCAUAUAUAAGAAGGUUGAAGUCAAAGAGACACUUGCAGUUUACUUUCUUAAGAAGAAACAUUUCCAAUUCUUCGUAUAACUCAAUCAGAGAUCAACAUGAAGCAUCAAGGCAGUUACUCUUCUUCUGGAUCCCUCAUGGUAGGCCACAGCUCUAGAGGCCAUUGUUCCUCUGGUAGCAUCUCUUCACUUCAUCAUGGAAGCUCCAAUACACUUCACCAUAAGAGCUUCAGCUGCUCUAAUACUGGUGGUUCCUAUAAAUCAUCCAGCCACCUUGGAGGAAACUCAAAACUAUCUAUCAGUUCAUCUGCUGGUCUUGCACAUGGAGGUGGAAGUGGCCAUGGUGGCCUUAAAAGUAAUCUCAAGAGUUCUAACAACCACGCUCAUAACCUACUUCGUAUUAAUGAGAAAGAUACAAUGAGGGCUCUGAAUGAGCGUCUUGCCUCCUAUUUAGACAAGGUCCAUUCGCUGGAGCAGGAGAAUGCUGAGCUGGAAAGGAAGAUAUGUGAAUGGUAUGCAAACAAUGCCCCAAGCUCACUCCCUGACUCCAGUGAGUACUAUAGGACAAUUCAGGAGCUACAGAACCAGGUAAAACAAGACAUGUAUGAGUUUAUCUCCAAUGUGGUCAGUUGUAGGAUGAUCUUACCUACAAUGUAUGUUUUAAUGAGUUAAAGUAAACUUGUGAUUCAAUAAAAUAUCCAGACCAAAGUGUCUGCAAACCCUGAAAAUACGACUGUAGACAUGACUGUAUAAUAGAGAUAUAGAAAUGUUAAAUAUUCUACAAUGUUUUAUAUACAUUACAUGAGAAAAUAUAUUGUAUACACUGUAUACAUUUCAUUCUGACUUGAACUAAACCAAUAUAUAUGCCAUUAAAGAUUUCUUCUAAUGUGGUUAUCCUACUUACAAUGUAUGUUUUAAUGACUUAAUAAACGUACCAUUCUGUAAAAUAAUUCUAGUCCUAAAAACUCAUGUAGAAUUUACUGUAUAAUUGAGAUACAGAGAUGUUCAAAACUGUUUUAUAUAACUUAUAUAAUAAAAAAAUUUAUAUACACUAUAUAAAUAGUAUGAUGUUGUUACAUUCAAGAAUGCAGCAUUUCAAAUUCUGAACACAGAGCCUUAAAAAUCGCAUGUGGUUCAGCUUUUCUCACAUAGAAAAUAUAAUAUCAGUGUGUAUAAUCAACAGAACAUUUUCUUAUGACUUUAGUUAUAGUCAAAUAUAGUUCAUGGAGACCAAAAUGUUUAAGCAAAAGAAGUAAUAUAAAUUAUUAGAGAUGAAUUGAUAAUGACUUUGCUUACCAGAUUUCUUCGGCAACAAUUACCAGUGGAAGGAUUGUCCUACAGAUAGAUAGAGCUCAACAAGCUUCAAAUGACUUCAGAAGCAGGUAAGUCUAUGAAGUUAUGAGAUUUAAAGGAACAAGUGAAGACUUUGCUUUAUACAACUGUAGCGGCAUAUAUAUUGUAAAGGUGACUUUGUGUGGCAAAAUAUAAAGAUAAACAUAUAUUCAUCAAGUAUGGUGUUUAGUAUUAAAUGAAUAAUUAAAAAACACAAUAUAAAAAAAAAAUCUAAAAAGCUCUAAUUUCUCACAAACAAACCUAUUUUUAUAUUGUUACAGCAAAACAUUCAGCAUAGAAUUGUACAUAACUUUAGUUUAAUGAAAAUUCUCUCGAGUCAACGAUGAGGUCUACCAGCACUGAAGUAACUGCUUUAGUAAUGUUUUUACUAAGUUUUCGGUUGAGGAAAGUUAGUGCAGUAACUGUAAACUUUCUUAUGUGUUCUAUUAAGGUGUCUAUUAUGUUUGAUUGUAAGCAUUAGUUUUGUCUAGUAUGGUUUUAACUAUUAGAAGCCAUAAGUUCUUUGGUGGAUUUUCUUUUGUUGUCUGUGUCUUUGUUUUUCUUAAAUGUCCACUUUGUAAAAUAGACUGAGUUACGACCAUAGGUUAGAAGAUAGUGUUGACCUUUAUGGUAGACUAUUGGCUAAUUUAGGAUUAUCAAGGCAUUAUAAUGUAUCCAUAACUAUUUCUCUAUAUUGUUGCAAGCCGUGUAAUCACAAUACAAUAUAUUGUAAAUACCUUUACACAAUCCUUUACUAACUGCACAUGGCAUUGCCGUAGUUAUCAUCAAGCUACGUUUUGUCAUGUUAUUCCAUACAGAAAAAAAUACUUUCAACCAGCAUUAAAUUGAAAAGUGAUAAAGAGUUGAUGCCAUGCCUAUUCUCAGAAUUGAUUAUAUAAUGUAGUGUGCUCUUUUAUUAUUAUUAUCAAUUUAGGUGUGAGAUGGAGAUAAACACAAGGAACAAUGUGGAUGGAGAUACUGGUUCUUCGAGAAGAGUCUUACAACAAAUUAACAAUGAAGUGCAAACCUUAUCCGGAGAAGUCCAAGGUCUCCAGCAAGAACUUUUCCAGAUGAGGAACAACCAUUCAGGGGUAAAGUGGAAAGAUGUCAAUGGCCUAUUAUUAUAAUUUAUUAAAACACUACUGAGAACAAAGAUGUAUUUGGAAUAAUUACAGGCCUUCAAAUGUCAAGUCAAAAGCUACUAGCCAGGCCCCAAAAGUUUUUUGCCACUUCAGCCUAGAGAAUCCUUGGCACUUUUACCAAUGGUAACUUUGUACAAUGCACGGCUAAAUUUUUACUACGAAUGUCCAGUUAAUUUUUUUCCAUUAAUUAAUAAAAGUGAACAGUUUUGGGGAUCUCUUUCUUACAUACAUCGUGAGUGUUUGUUUGCAAAUUCAAACUUAAGGGUUAUUUAUUUCUUUAUAAAUUACUUUACAAUCUUUCUUUCACGUCUUACCCUCGUCCUAUGUCUUUUUCAAAGGAAGUGGAUGGUCUGCGUGCUCAGCUUGGAACCAGAGUCAACGUAGAAAUGAAUGCUGCUCCAUCCAUCGACCUGAACAGAACUCUAUCUGAGCUCAGAGAAGAAUAUGAAAAUAUGAUGCAGAGGAACCUCAGGGAAGUUGAGGGCAUGUUCUUGGCAAGGGUAAUUCUAACCAUAAUAUCAUGGAGCAACUAGCUGACAGUAAACUAUAACACUAUAACUAUAGAUCCAUACCAGAUUGGUAAGAACAGUAUUAUAUUUUUACGUGAAAUUUUUUUUUCUUGCAGAGUGCAGAACUGGACCGUGAGAUGUCUUUAGGAGCCGUACAAUUGCAGUCAGUUAAUAAUGAUAUCAUUGAUUCAAAGCGGUCUUUACAGACCCUGGAGAUCGAGCUGCAGAGCCACCUAAGUAUGGUAUGUCAACAUGAAUUAAAAUAUGUAAACAUAUAUAAAGCAACACCAUGACUAUAUACCGCAUUUGCUGUUUUAAUUGGUUCUAAUAAUGCUUUAUUGACUACAAAGUCACUUGUGUCAGUCUUUAGUUUAAGAAAGUUUACCCUUGGCAAUUUUUAUGUCUCCAAGUUGUGCCAAUAAUAGUAACUGCACUUGUGUCUUUUACAUGAUGUGCAUUUUAUAUAAGUAAUAAUUCUGGAGAUAAAAUAAAAUCCUUUUAUAAUAUGAUAUUUAACAAGUCCUGCUAUUUUUGGAGGUUGACUACAUACAGUUUGGUUUAAUUGUGUUUUCAAUGAUGACCUUUUAGUUUAUGCUGAAUGCUUUCUCGAGAAAUGUUUCCAUUGCUGUAUAGGAAAUUAUAUCUCAUUCAUAUAUAAAAGAUUAAAGGCAUGUUGAAUGUUAACUCUCAAUUUUAAGAGUAACUUAAUGUCUUUGCACUGAAUCUCCCAAUAUUUCUGGGUGAGCAUUUUAUUAGACAAUGCAAAAAUGUAUCAAAGUGUAGUGGUGGUACUCGUCAACCUUUACUUUCAACAUUUGUGAUCUAUUGUGAGUGCACUACAAUAUAUCCAACCAUUGACACACAACUCAAAGAAACAAAGCCAGAUAUUUUAACUAAUAUCAUCAUGAUGGAAUAUGGGAAUGUUUCGAACUUUUAAAUAUAUUAAACAAUAGUACAAUAAUAUGAUGUAAAAAAUAAAUCCCUGAAUAAAGGAUCAUAUACUUAUUUAGUUCAGUAAUAUUGCUGUGUCAUCAUUGGCAGAAAUCAGCUCUAGAGGGCACCUUAUCAGAGACGGAGGCAACGUUUGGUUCUCAGAUCUCCCAGUUACAAUGCAUGAUUGAUAACAUUGAAGGUCAGCUGACACAGAUCCGAUCUGACCUAGAACAACAGAAUCAUGAAUACCAAGUUCUCAUGGACCAGAAGACCCAUCUAGAGAUGGAAAUCAACACCUAUAGACAUCUUCUGGAUGGACAUGACAUUCAGUGCGUAUUACAAUUUUUUGUCAAAUUUAGUUGUUAAGUAUUCAGCUCAAAAAAGGAGAAGAAAAACGAAAUAAUGCUGGUUUAUGUGUAGUCAUCAUGAUGGAAAAGUUGACAAAACCUGGCUAUUGAUAUAUCUUCAUAUUCAUGUAUAACACCAAUACAUGGGGCACUUACCUACAUUUAUGAGUAUACAGUCACAAGUGAGCAUAAUAAACACUAGAAUAGUUUAAAUGAAUAAGCUUAUAGAACAUAACGUAAAAUAUAAUAAUUGUAACUGAGGUGGGCAGUUAAAUGGUUAUAUUAAUUGAAUAGAUGAGAUAGGUGACUGAGGGAGACAACUAAGGAGGAGAUAAUUAUUGGUCGUAAAUAAAUUACAAAAUGGGGUUUCACAGAAGGUCAUAUACCUUCUGUGAAACCACAUUUUGUAAUUUAUUUACGACCAAUAAUUAGAUGGGUUUUGGAGUACAUAAAAUUAAAAAUGAGGUGGCUGAUUAGAUAGUUUGUUUUAAUAUUAGGGUUUAGAAGGAAGAAGAUGUGCAACUAGGAAGAAUCCAGGAAGUUGGUGGUAAGGAUGUAAAUAAAGCAGAGAUGAUGAGCGUAGUUUACAUAGUAGAUUAAUAAGAAGACGAAGGGAAGUGCAACAUGCUAAUCAGAAGUGGCCAAAACAUAGAUCCCCACCUGUUACAUAACCACAGAUCACAUGUUGCUUUACUAAUUGUAAGGUUGACAGUGCAUCAUUGGGAUUAUAUGUCCGCAAUAGCUGGGCAUCCAGUUUCUGGAUGCACCUUUUUUAGAGGGAUUUUUUUUUAAUAGUUAAAGCAUUAUUAAUUAGUUUAUUAGUAAUCCUGAACGCAUAUUACGAAGUAUGAAGUACUAAGUACCGAAGAAUGUUGAUGUUAAGGCAAUACAAUAUGUGCUUCUCUAUAUUACAGUUAAUUUCAGCUAAGGUAUUUGUGUAUUUUUGAUAACAAAUAUAAUACACACCUCUCUCAUAUCAGUUCUAAACAUUUCUAAAUCUUUUCACAGUAUUGCCGAUCAUACCAGUUCUGGAGGUGAGUAAUAUACAUCACAAUAAAAAAAAUACAUUUACAACGAAAAUGCUUAGCUAUGUAUUGCAAUGAUAUUUGAUAUUUCUAAACCUUGCUUAUUGAUCCAACUGUUAUACAGUAUAAAGGGAAUCAACACAGUAAAGGAGGAGACUAUAUUUAAAAGAAGAAAAACUACCACAACAAGAGGACAUAGUCUUAAAUUAGAGGGACAAAGGUUUAAAAAUAAUAUCCGGAAGUAUUACUUUACUGAGAGGGUAGUGAAUGCAUGGAAUAGCCUUCCAGCUGAAGUGGUAGAGGUUAACACCAGUGAAGGUGUUUAAGCAUGCAUGGGAUAGGUAUAAGGCUAUCCUAACUAUAAGAUAAGGCCAGGGACUAAUGAAAGUAUUUAGAAAAUUGGGCAGACUAGAUGGGCCGAAUGGUUCUUAUCUGCCAUCACAUUCUAUGUUUCUUUGUUUCUAUUACUUUCUUAAGAUUUAAUCAACCCAAAAAUAAAAAGAUGUAAUAAAGUCUGUGUGCCCAUCUAAUUUUUCCACGUCUGCUCUGUUCUAGCAUCCCAUCACAACAAGUGCAAGUAAUGGCCGUGUGCUUCUCAAUAAGCUCUUGAUGCCUCUCUAGAAAAAGAAUAACAUGAAUUGAAUCAUUAUGAAAUCAACUUCUCUGGAAUUAGCAAUCUGCCUUUAUUGUCUUUCUUUAAUUCCCUUUCCAUUUCUAAACUGAUACUGAUUAAAUGCAAGUGAAAAUCCAACACAAAAUAUAUUAGCUAUGUGUACAAGUGAAACUGAUAUUGUUCUGAAUUAUUGGACACUGUUUGCGUCAUAUUGUUCCUGAAAAAAAUAGAACUCAUCUACAGCUUGUAUAUCAAUACAAUAUUUACAAUGACUUUAUGCAGCUUUAUCGAAGGAUGGUGUUUAAUGGUUUGCCUGGCAAAUAUGAUAUGAAAUAACAUUAGAAUUUCCAAGUACUGAAAGCAUUUUAUAACUGUUUCACGAAAUUAUAAUUCUAAGACAAUGUUGAUCUGCUGCAUAUUUUUUUGUAAACUAGUAUUUUACUAAUAUUGUAAAGCGCUGCGGAUUACGUGGGCGCUAUAUAAAUGCCAAAAAUAAUAAUGAAAUAAUAAUAAUAUAUUUAUCGUUUGGAUUUAAGUUUUGUGGGAACUUUUAGACUGUAUUGUAAUUACAACUUUAUUGUAACUGAAUCUACAAUUCUUUUAAAAUAAAUCAUUUUUCUUUGUCUUCUGCAAACCCGGUGGUGUAUUUGUAUUUUGUAUUACGAAAGCUAAUGUUGGAUUCUCAGCUUUUCAAAUAUUUUAGAAUUGAAUUGCCUGAAUUUAGCUAGUAAUAUUUGUUUUCACUACUGUUUGGAGUUGAAUGAAUAAACCCCUGAAACUCACACACAUUAUUGCACUGCUGGAACAAUAAAACACAAACUAUAAUCAGUUUCUGAAAAUAUAUUUACUGUGCUAAUAAUUACAAUUAAGACAGAUCAACUUUAAAUGUUAAGGAUAUUUAUAGUGUACAAAACAAACAAAUAAACAACAACAAAAAACAAAUCUACCUCCACUACAGGCAAUGUAGACAGUGAAAUGUACAACAUUGGAAACACUGUAAAAAAGAGUUUAUUGGUUUGAUAUUUUUGAGAACGGCUAACGUAGGUAUUCACAAAAGUCAGAAUUCAAAGUGAAUUUAGAAUUUAAGGCUAAAAUCCCCCCAACUGGACGCUUGCUGUGAAUCCAGUUUGGUUACUUUGGCCUAACAUUUGAAAUCCAUUCACUUUGAAUUCUCACAUUUGGGAAUAACCCUGUAAGAGUAACUAAAUAACGUAGGAAUUCAUGAAUUGCAGAUAUACAAAAAAAGCAUAUUUUAAUUUUGUAAACAUCAGUUUAUCGGGUAUCGAUUUGGUUAAAUGUGACAACAUUCUAUAAAAUAUCAUUUUUUAAGAAAAAAACAGUCUGUUUAUAUUACCAAUAUAUAAUAUUCAUCUGUGAUGAUAAAUAUAAAAAUAUAUUAAAAAAAUAUAAUACUUGGCUUGUAUAGUUAUAUUUAUGUGUUUUAGUGUCGCAUGGGAGAGCAGCACAUUGUUUUGGUCUCUGCUGUGGCUCACCUAAUAGAAAUAGGUGGAGACCUAUCAUCAAGCCCCUACUUCAGGGAUAGGAACCCUUCGACAUUCCAUAUGACGUGCACUACAUCUCCCGUAAUACUCCUACAGCCAUGAUGCUGGAAAAGCAUCAGGGGGAUGUAGUCCGCAACAUCUGAAGUGCUGAAGGAUGUCUAUCCCUACUUAGUAUCUUAGGGUCACAGGUGACCUAAAAUUUUUAUUCAAUUAUUAUGUUUUCUUAAUAAAGGGACAGAUGUCUUUGUCAGUGUAAUGAAGCCACAUGGCUCUCUCUAAUUGCUCUAACAGCUUACAGCAAAUAUAUGUACUGACAACAUGGAAAAUAAGUCAGUCACACAUUGGACUGCAUGAAUGAAUGAUGGUAACUGAAAAAAAUAUUAUUGCCAACUUCUAAUCGAUGAAAACAACAAAAAUCCAAAGGUAGCAUCAUAUGUUGCAUGGGCACCUUUGAUGCAUGUUGGGAAAUGAUAAUGGGUAUCUUCAAAACGUUUUGGCCCAUACUAGUGUUAUGGGCAAAUGCAAAUAUUACAAGUUUUAGAAUGAAAUGUUGUAUUUCUUAAACUGUGUACUUUGUCUUUAAGAGAUAUUAACAGACUUUUCUAAAAUUAGAAUAUGGGUAGAGGAGUCAUUAUCAGACUGGAGCAAUUUAAAUGAAGUCCAAGAGAAUUGGGAUUAUUUAAAAGUUGCACUAUUGAAGGCAACAUAAAAUUGCAUUAGGCUUGUCAGUAAAAGCCAAAAAUUCAAGAAACCACUGUGGUACUCUGCAGAUGUGGCCAAAAUAGUUAAAAACUAAAAGUUAGCAUUUAGGAAUUAUAAAAAAAACCCAGAGUGAGGAAGACAAAAUGAUCUAUAAGAUUAGGCAGAAAGAGGCUAAGCAAGUUAUAAGAGCUUCCAAAUCACACACAGAAGAGAAAAUAGCACAGUCAGUAAAAAAGGGGGACAAAACAUUUUUAGAUACAUAAAUGAGAAAAGAAAAGUAAAACAAGGAUUAGUUAGAUUAAAAACAAAAGAAGGAAGGUAUGUAGAAGAGGAUAAAGGUCAGGCUGACUGCCUCAAUGAAUAUUUUUGUUCCGUAUUUACAGAUGAAAAUGAAGUAAAGGGACAUCAGUUAAGAAAAAGGAUAAAUGAGUCAUUUAUUACACGUGAGUUUACAGAGUAAGAGGUUCUAUUUCAACUGUCAAAAGUUAAGACAAAUAAGUCAAUGGGACCUCAUGGAAUACACCCAAAGCUAUUAAAAGAGCUUAGUGGUGUACUAGCAAAACCAUUAAUAGAUUCAUUUAACCAAUCAUUGUUAACAGGAGUAGUCUCAGAAGAUUGGAAGUUAGCGAAUGUUGUGCCCAUUUACAAGAAAGGUAGUAGGGAGGAGUCGGGCAACUAUAGGCCAGUAAGCCUUACUUCAGUAGUGGGGAAAGUGAUGGAAACCAUGUUAAAGGAUAGGAUUGUUGAACAUCUAAAAACACAUGGAUUUCAAGAUCAGAGACAACAUGGGUUUACUUUAGGGAGAUUAUGCCAAACUUAUCUGAUUGAUUUUUUUGAUUGGCUAACUAAAAUUAUAGAUCACGAUGGUGCAGUAGACAUUGCUUACCCAGAUUUCAGUAAGGCUUUUGACACUGUUGCACAUAGAAGGCUUAUCAAUAAACGGCAAUCUUUAAGUUUGGAUUCCAAUAUUGUUGAAUGGGUAAGGCAGUGGCUGAGUGACAGGCAACAGAGGGUUGUAGUUAAUGGAAUAUAUUCCAAGCUUGGACUUGUCACCAGUGGGGUACCUCAGGGAUCUGUACUUGGACCCAUUCUCUUUAAUAUUUUUAUUAGUGAUAUUGCAGAAGGUCUUGAUGGUAAGGUAUGUUUUUUUGCUGAUGAUACUAAGAAAUGUAACAGGGUUGAUGUUCCAGGAGGGACAAGCCAAAUGGCAAAUGCUUUAGGUAAACUAGAAAAAUGGUCAGAAUUGUGGCAACUGACAUUUAAUGUGGAUAGUGCAAGAAAAGGCAUCUUGGAUGUAAAAACCCAAGGACAGAGUACAGAAUAUUUGAUAGAGUACUUACCUCAACAUAUGAGGAAAGGGAUUUAGGGGUGAUUAUUUCUGAUGACUUAAAGGUAGGGAGAGAAUGUAAUAGAGCAGAAUAGAACUGGUGAGACCUCACUUGGAGUAUUGUACACAGUACUGGAGACCGUAUCUUCAGAAGGAUAUUAAUACCUUAGAGAGGGUUCAGAGAGGGGCUACUAAACUGGUUCAUGGAUUGGGGAGAAAACUUAUAAGGAAAGGUUAAAGGAUCUUAACAUGUAUAGCUUGGAGGAAAGACGAGACAGGGGGGAUAUGAUAGAAACAUUUAAAUAUAUAAAGGGAAUCAAAACAGUAAAGGAGGAGACUGUAUUUAAAAGAAGAAAAACUACCACAACAAGAGGACAUAGUCUUAAAUUAGAGGGACAAAGGUUUAAAAAUAAUAUCCGGAAGUAUUACUUUACUGAGAGGAUAGAGGAUGCAUGGAAUAGCCUUCCAGCUGAAGUGGUAGAGGUUAACACAGUAAAGGAGUUUAAGCAUGCAUAGGAUAGGCAUAAGGCUAUCCUAACUAUAAGAUAAGGCCAGGGACUAAUGAAAGUAUUUAAAAAAUUGGGCAGACUAGAUGGGCCGAAUGGUACUUAUCUGCCGUCACAUACUAUGUUUCUAUUGCAAACUGACAAGGUGUUAGAAAUGGAACAUAUUGUUUUUCAUAACUGUUUCUUUAAGCAAUAAUCUCUUACCUACGUACAGUGCAUAAUAUGUUUGCGCCAUUUUGUCCCAGAUGAAUUACAAUAACAAUAAUGCAUAAACAAGCUUCAAGGCUAUGCUACGACUCUUUCAGUACGUGAUAUACUGUGGUAACCUUAGUAGAUAAGGAUGUUCAGACUUUAAGAUGCCAUCUUGAACUAAGUCAGGAAAAUUUCCAUGACGUAUGCACCCUUUAGUUAUGACCUUGUAUGUUUGCCAAAUUAAGGGAGGUCCUAAGAUAAACUCUGCUAUAAUGGAUUUUAUAUGUCUAUAUUUAUAUUUUUAUAUAAUAAAUACCAAAAAGACAAAACUUUAUUGCUUCCAAGACAAUCCUUAUUUUAUAUUGGAUUCUCAAUUAUUUAUAUAUGUUAAAUAGAGGAUCUCUUACAUUAACGAUAUAAAAUUAUAGCUAAGAUAUCUGUAUGGUUAGCCCUGCUAAGUUCUAUGCUUUAAGACCAUAUAGUGGUAAAUAAGGGAACCAGCCGCGGUUACACUAGUAUCAGAUAGACACCUUAAGGAUGUCGUGACACCUCAUCCAUCUAUUACGGCACGCAGAGGGAGAAAUUUGAGAAACCUUUCGUUACCCAGCCACCCCUGCUAUUGCCACUUUAGGUCAACCUAAAAACUACUUACCAGCGGGCACCUACCAAUGUGGUCAUUGUAGUGCAUGUCCCUUUAUCAACAGACAUUAUAAGAACUACUCCAGUAGCACCAAUACGGAAAUGUUUAGAUCACACUCUUUGUUUGCACCAUUGGAAUAGUCUAUCUACUCACCUGUUCUUGUGGCCUGAUGUUUGUGGGUAAGACAUUUCGCCUAUUUAAAUACAGAAUCCAGGAACACGCUAAUUCAAUAUGGAGAUGUCUGGAAACCCCAAUCUCCGGGCAUCUACAUCACCACCAUGACCACUCCUCAGCUGGUAUAAGAUUUAUGAGUCUGGAACAUGUACCUCAACCAACAGGUAAAGGGUGUUGGUACAUAAAACUUUGUCAGAGAGAGGCGUUCUGGGUCUAUAGGUCAAAAACACUAUCGCCACAAUGAUUAAAUAAAGGGUUUUCUUAUUCCCUCCUCAUAUGAUACAGGGACUUAUUCUGUGACUAGGUGGCUUUUUAUUGUAAGCUAGUAUGCUAUACAACAAUUAUUGUCUAAACCUUUUUUAACCUUUUUAGUUACUUGCACUUUUUAAUUGGUGUCUUUGCUCUCAUCUAAAAAUGUGUAAUGAUGACUGACUACUUGUGACAUUAUAGUAGUUCAUGUAUUCUUCAGUGGUUCUUUAUACCACUUUAAUUUAGACUUCUACUUAUGGUAAACCAAUUCAGAGACACAUGCCUGGUUGAAUAUAUGAAUUAUAAACCAUGGAUCGGACACACUGAGCAUUAGUUAUGUGCUUGUUGCUGCAAACCUUACACUUGACUACCAAUGGACCUUAUAAUUUCAUUACUUUUAAUGUUAUCACUGAUGUCUCGCUUCAUUAGCCAUGUGCAACUUUUCUUUUUGAUGUGAUAUUCUUUGGAUUACGGUCACACAGUAGUGAGCUUGAUUGUAGCAUGAUUUAAGUCACAGCAUUUACUUGUGUAACCAACUGACGAUACAAUGUAACAUUUAUUAUAGAUACUCAACUUACAGCUAUACUUAUGAUUACAUGUGGGAGAUACCUUCUAAUGGGUCAACCCACGUUGGCACUAUUCAUCCAUAAUGCAAUCACCCAUCAUGUAUUCUUCUUCUGCCUGCCUUAUAAUUAUGACAUGGCAGAAAUGCCAUUUCCUGCAGGACAUUUCAAGUAAUGGUAUUAACCCUUCUUUACAGCUAACUAGGACAUAAUAUAACUCUAUUUUCGUUGUGGUAUAAACAAGGGUAUAAAAUAUUAUGGUAACUGCCCACUAUGUAUGUUGGUUUGCAGCAAUCGCAUGUGGGUGGUGCUUGAUGAUGGGAUGCCCCAUCCCAUUACUAUUGAACACACCCACUCUGCGCAUGUCACGGAAGCUGCCCACGUCCCACGUUGGGUCGGACCUAUGACGCUGCAUACUGACGUCUCCUGUGCAGACAGUUCGAUAUGGGCGAAUGGAUGCUGCUUUCCUCUAAUGGGUAAUGUGAACAAAUAUUGCCUAAUUGGACUACAGCCAUGCUAGUCACAGGUGGUGACUGCCUAUUGGCGGUCUUCCCAACCCCAUUGAUUAUACACCUACCUACUAGGUCUGGCUACACUUCAAGUAAGGGGAUUGGAUGCGACAUCUUUGUGCACCGCCCCCUGACCAGCUGAUUCUGUUAUGGCUCAUUGUUUAUAUGGUAUUCAAACAGACUACUGGAUGAGACAGACUACUUUGCCCCUGACGACGGUAUUGUACCACACCGAAACGCGCGUCAGGCUCUUUUACUAUUUUUAAUUAUGCACUUAUUUUCACGUUAGGUAGCAAUUCGCCUUUUCUUUGAGUUAUCUCUGCAGGGUCUAUGGUAUAGGUAGACACUAGCCUAGUGCGGUGCUGAGGUAUUAGGGACAGAAUAUUUUUGUGGGGUAUGAUGUGUUCCUAUUACUGAUUUUCUAGCAGUGGAGUAAUUCUGCUCUUUGUAUACUCAUCUCUUUAUCUACAAUUUUCGCUGGACGAGCAAUUUCAUUCUUUCUGAGUGAUAUGUAGUCAAUUCCCUUGUGUCCCCAUCUACCCUUUGACAGUAACUGUAUAUUAGCAGGAUAUCUAACCAGAGUGGAGUUACUUUUGUGCCUUUCAUCUGUCCUAUAGGGCUAACCUCUACCUGGCAUUCAGACACUGUCUUUCCUAUUUAGGACCCUAGUUAGAUAUAGUGGCUCUAAGUUAUAGUCUUAAUAAAGGUUUUUAAUUCAAUUUAUUUUGGUUUUGCUACUAUACUAUUUUAGGUUGUACUCUUUCUCAUAGUGCCCCUCUUUUGGGAGUGGAUGAGUGAACGAUAGCUAGUGCCUGCAUGUAAUGCAAAAUAAAUUAAAGGGUGGUCAUUUAACGAUGAGUUUAUCAAGCAGGCUUGGGGUUUUCCUCUUCAGUCUACCCACACUGGUACAGGAAUGUGCAAAUUACACAGUAUAUCAGAAUCAGAAAUAGUGAAACUCUCUAUACCAUUGGUCUCAAUUAAAAUUACUUGGGGGUCACUGGCCUAGUAAUCCUUUCACAUGAGGGCAGCUUGUAAAAAUCACAAAUCACAAAAUUGCAAGGAAACGUAAGUAACCACAUAGGUAGCCGGUUCCCCUAUUUACCACUAUAAUGUCUUGAAGCAUAGAAUUUAGCAGGGCUAACCAUACAGAUAUCUUAGCCAUAAUAUUAUAUAGUUUGUAAGAGUUUCUCUAUUUAAAAUAUAUAAAUAAUUGAGAAUUCAAUAUAAAGACAGAGACCAGCCCAUAAUUGUACAUGGAAAUGAACGUAACGACAGGAGGCUGAGUGAGGCCUUGUGAAAUUUAGGUAAUCGUAACGAGUAAGAUUUCAGUACCUGAUACUGUAUGUCAGGAACAAGGUCGACAAUCCGUAUUUUUAAACGUAGUAAUUUGAUGUGCCUAAAAUCUUGACAUAGUGAGAGAGCUAAGAACAACAUAUAAGAGAGAAUUAAAAGACGCAGGAGGUUUAAUAGAGUGCGAAUGCUGAAAAGGGAAAAUGAACCCUCUGAAUAGGAUGUAUCAAAGGUAGCAAGUAUAAUUUAAACAGAUAUGUGACCUAGUUAGGUGGCCUAUUAAACUGACAGAGUAUUGAGAACCUAGCCGAGAGCUUGCUUACAAAAUAAAAGAACUGUUAGUCAUGACAGAAUCAGAUAAUGACAUGGAUAAGAAACUCCUGAAGUUUUUUAAUGUAGUUUUUAAAUUAACCAGAGUGACAUAGUGAAAGCAAUACUUUAAUGUAGUGAUUAUCAGAUAUUUUGGCUAUGUGGAUGGAGCAGGAAGUGGUAUAGGUUACUGAAUCCCCUAAUUGAAAGAGAAAUUGUAUGAGGAUACAUGUGAAAUACUGACUAAGAUUCGAAUUAGUGUACGAAUAGAUUUUUAAACGAAGUGCCUUGUAAACGAAUGGAUAAAGUGAACCAGUAUCUAACGAAAACCGUUGGAAAAUACAUACAAAUGAAAUAAGUGAAGGAAAUUUUGAUUGAGUGAACUGACUACAUGGUCGAAGAACAGACCGUUCGUAUGCACGAAUAGGUAUAGCUGAUACGAGAAAACUGUAUUGGAAGCUUUGUACGAACUUACUGAAAGCCGCCAAAAAAUAUUUGAAUGGAUGAUUACGUGAACGAGAAAACAAACAAAGAUGUGAACACAAAAAAGGAGCCUAUCUCUGCGUUUAUAGGCUCAAAUGUAGGAAUAAUCGAUCGUUAUUCCCUAUGUGAACUUACGUGUGCAUGCUGGGUCUCGUGUCUGGAAGGCGGGUGGAUGCCCACAGGGUAGCCAGAGUGUUAGGCCAGAGGUCGGAGAAGAGGGACGCUGGAGUUGAAGUUUUGGCGGAAGUGCUGGUUGCUAUGGUAACAGGUCAACCAGCGAGAUCGACAUAGGUGAGUAGGAGCCAUGCGUUUAAAUAUGCAAAAAACUCCUCCCACAAAUUCAGGCCUAAUGGCCUUCCUAUAUGUUAACUUAAAAAAACUUUUUUCAGGCAGUAGGGGGACUGCCUGAGAGUUCAGGCAGUCCCUCUGCAGGCAGACCUGCGGACAGCCAUUCCGGCCAGUUGAUUGCGAGGACCCCACGAUUACAUUGCCCAGGAAGGCUGGAUCAUAUGGAGGGGGACUGCCUGGGCUCGCAGGCAGUCCCCAGGAUCGCGACCGCAGAGGUUUGCGGGGACCUAGUAAGUAGUAAGAAUGGCGAAAGGAAAAAAAGGAGUACAGUCCAUUUUUUAAUCAUCAUAAACAAAGACAAACAAAAUAAUAAUAAAAAACACACUACCCCAAAAAUAAACCCAUAAAGAGGAGAUAAUGAAGCUCAGUAGGCUAGGAAGGGGAGGCCAAAUGAAGGCACAAUACCUGAGGUUAGAUAAUCCAAUAUGGCAUAUAAGCCACCUAUAGAAGAAAUAUGAAUAGCUAUAUAACCUAUAUUGGAGACUGGGUAAAUCUCCAAGUACCCCUAGUGCCCCAAUCAGUUGUAAAGUCCUAGAACUGAUAAUGUAAAUAUGCACUGAAUAGACAUUUAGCUAAACACUCUAGCCCUAUUGACGCAGAUAUAGCAAAUCUCUUGGUAUAAAAUAUUGAACAGCUAAUUCCAAGUGAUUGUCCACACUAAACUUUUGCACAUAUUGUACUAAAAGCUAUCCAUUAUUAAUCCUGUGUAUAGGAAGGCUAUAGUAAUUAGGAGACAAAGUCCCUUUCUAAAGAGUGCUUAAAUCCGGCUUCUAUUCCCCAUAAAUUAAAUUAACACCCAAACAGUGCUAAAAUAAAAGUGCUGUGAGUUUAAAAAAUUAUGAGCCUAACGCGUAUUGGCGCUUAAACGAGCACCUUUCUCAAAGGCUAUCAAUGAGGACACUAACCUGAGCAUGUAUUUGUACCUAAAGCGGCACUGUGCAGAGCUAAUCCACGAGACAAUGGGCGGCAUUACAUUUACACGCCCCCAGGUCAGAGUGGUGGUGAGGGCAUCAUGGUUUGGGGCUGCUCUGCUGCGUCAGGGCCUGGAUGGAUUGCUAUCAUCGAAGGAAAAAUGAAUUUCCAAGUUUAUCAAGACAUUUUGCAGGAGAACUUAAGGCCAUCUGUCUACCAGCUGAAGCUCACUUUUUCUUUUACAUCUCAAUACAAAUACAACAAUAUAAAACUUGGAAAAACUCACAAUAUUUAGAGCCUUUCUGAGCUGGCUCUAAACUUUAGAGGCAGAUACAUCAAUCAUAUGUGGAUUUGAGCUUGUAGGUCCCUUGGAAGAUAUCUGGAGUCUUCCUUCUUAUAAAAAUCAGGAACCAGGUUGCCAAACGGAUAAAAGGGAAAUACUUUUAUUGAAACAAAAUUAAAUAAAAUAGAGCACAACGCGUUUCGACCUAAUGCAAUAGGUCUUCCUCAGGUGCAUAUCAUAACGACCUUCUUAUAUAGUAUACAUAAUAAAUAUAAUUACAUUACAAAUAUUAACAGCUGUGGAUUGAUGGUCCGUCCUCCUCGCCAUAUAUGGAGUGUUUCUGGCAAUUAUCUGAGUAUAUUCGCCUCCUCCAAGAUGUCCACCGUGCCAUUAUUCUCUGUGAAGGUACAUCAGACCUUCCAAAGAUGGCGUCUUUGCCGUCUCGCUAAAAAUAGUCACUUCCGGUUUCGUCCGGCUCCGAUCACAUGAUCCGGCUCUGAUCACGUGGUUAGAGAGGGCGUAGACAUGUAGUUUAUUAUAUGUCAAUCAUAGGAACAAAGUCCGUUUCAUAUCCAAAUUAUACAAAGAUAAGAGAAAAAGGAAAUGUGAAUAAUAACAAUAUGCAGAAAAUAAACUAACAAUAUUCCAUUUGGCAAUAUAAAAUAUAACAAUAUAGCAAUAAUUAUAUGUUUAAAAAAUAUAAAACUAGCAAGUAUGCUUAUAGUCCUUAAACCAAAGGUAAAAAGAGGGUAGAGGUAGAAGUUAAGUUGUAAAAUAAAUAUAAUCCUGUAACAAUGAGUAUAAAACAUAUAAAAAUAAUAUAUAUAAAAAUAGUAUGUGUGAUUAUGACCCUUAAACCAAAAGUGAAAAAAGGUGGGAUUAAGUUAUAAAAUUGGACCUAUUUCAAAAUCAAUAUUUAGAACUUUGGAGCAUAAUGUUUGAAGCUCAUAUAUCCAAUUUGAUUCUUUCUUACUUAAAUUAAAAGUACUAUUAAAGGAAGUGAUGUUAAAAUUCUUUUUAGUUACAUUCGAUAAAAAAAAUCUUUUUUUUCUUAGUUACAUGGGUGUUUUUUCAGGUAUAACAGUUGUCACAAUGAUGAAAGCCUUUUUGGGUUUUUGACCAUUUUGUUGGAAAAUAAAGGUUCUUAUCCUUUUUCUCUAUGUAAUUUGAGCUUAAAAUCUGCUAAAAAAAAAUUCCCCCCCCUAAAAAUUAAGUUAGGCUUCUCUCCUCUAAAAUCAUACAUUUCAUGUUCUUGCUGCAAGAUGUGCCAGUUCUUAUUCACAAUUCUUUUUAAUGUACCAACAAUACUACAAUAGUUAAAAAUAAGUGGGAUUUGCUUAUCCUGAUUAUUGGUGUGUCUGUGUCUGGUGUAGUCUGCGUGCUUCCGAUAUCAACUAUGUUGCUCCAAGAGCCAAACUACAAAAGCUCGGUAUGACAAGGUGUGAUGAUCUAUACCUUUGAUGUACAUUUAUAAUAUAAAUUAGUAUAUUAAUAAUUGUAUUCACCACCUGUAAGCGUUCUCAUUAAUCCACAAAUUAUUUAUACCUGAAUCACAUUUAAGGCACAUACAAAACAUUGCAUAAAGGAAUGUGAUGCCUAUAAAAUACCUAUAAAAGUAACCUUAUUCUACUUGACUUGCUUCAUAUAUAAGAAGGUUGAAGUCAAAGAGACACUUGCAGUUUACUUUCUUAAGAAGAAACAUUUCCAAUUCUUCGUAUAACUCAAUCAGAGAUCAACAUGAAGCAUCAAGGCAGCUACUCCUCUUCUGGAUCCCUCAUGGUAGGCAACAGCUCUAGAGGCCAUUGUUCCUCUGGUAGCAUCUCUUCACUUCAUCAUGGAAGCUCCAAUACACUUCACCAUAAGAGCUUCAGCUGCUCUAAUACUGGUGGUUCCUAUAAAUCAUCCAGCCACCUUGGAGGAAACUCAAAACUAUCUAUCAGUUCAUCUGCUGGUCUUGCACAUGGAGGUGGAAGUGGCCAUGGUGGCCUUAAAAGUAAUCUCAAGAGUUCUAACAACCACGCUCAUAACCUACUUCGUAUUAAUGAGAAAGAUACAAUGAGGGCUCUGAAUGAGCGUCUUGCCUCCUAUUUAGACAAGGUCCAUUCGCUGGAGCAGGAGAAUGCUGAGCUGGAAAGGAAGAUAUGUGAAUGGUAUGCAAACAAUGCCCCAAGCUCACUCCCUGACUCCAGUGAGUACUAUAGGACUAUUCAGGAGCUACAGAACCAGGUAAAACAAGACAUGUAUGAGUUUAUCUCCAAUGUGGUCAGUUGUAGGAUGAUCUUACCUACAAUGCAUGUUUUAAUGAGUUAAAGUAAACUUGCCAUUCAAUAAAAUAUCCAGACCAAAGUGUCUGCAAACCCUGAAAAUACGACUGUAGACAUGACUGUAUAAUAGAGAUAUAGAAAUGUUAAAUAUUCUACAAUAUUUUAUAUACAUUACAUGAGAAAAUAUAUUGUAUACACUGCAUACAUUUCAUUCUGACUUGACCUAAACCAAUAUAUAUGCCAUUAAAGAUUUCUUCUAAUGUGGUUAUUUGUUGGGUGAUCCUACUUACAAUGUAUGUUUUAAUGACUUACCUUCUUUAUAAACGUACCAUUCUGUAAAAUAAUUCUAGUCCUAAAAGCUCAUGUAGAAUUGACUGUAUAAUUGAGAUACAGAGAUGUUCAAAACUGUUUUAUAUAACUUAUAUAAUAAAAAAUGUUAUAUACACUAUAUAAAUAGUAAGAUGUUGUUACAUUCAAGAAUGCAGCAUUUUAAAUUCUGAACACAGGGCCUUAAAAAUCGCAUGUGGUUCAGCUUUUCUCAAAUAGAAAAUACAACAUCAGUGUGUAUAAUCAACAGAACAUUUUCUCAUAACUUUGGUUAUAGUCAAAUAUAGUUCACGGAGACCAAAAUAUUUAAGCAAAAGAAGUAAUAUAAAUUAUUUUUAGAGAUUAAUUGAGAAUGACUUUGCUUACCAGAUUUCUUCGGCGACAAUUAACAGUGGAAGGAUUGUCCUACAGAUAGAUAGCGCUCAACAAGCUUCAAAUGACUUCAGAAGCAGGUAAGUCUAUGAAGUUAUGAGAUUUAAAGGAACAAGUGAAGACUUUGCUUUAUACAACUGUUGCAGCAUAUAUAUUGUAAAGGUGACUUUGUGUGGCAAAAUAUAAAGAUAAACAUAUAUUCAUCAAGUAUGGUGGUUAGUAUUAAAUGAAUAAUUAAAAAACACAAUAUAAAAAAAAUCUAAAAAGCCCUAAUUUCUCACAAACAAACCUAUUUUUAUAUUGUUACAGCAAAACAUUCAGCAUAGAAUUGUACAUAACUUCAGUUUAAUGAAAAUUAUCUUGAGUCAACGAUGAGGUCUACCAGCACUGCAGUAACUGCUUUAGUAAUGUUCUUACUAAGUUUUCGGUUGAGGAAAGUUAGUGCAGUAGCUGUAAACUUUCUUAUGUGUUCUAUUAAGGUGUCUGUUAUGUUUGAUUGUACGACCAUAGGUUAGAAGAUAGUGUUGACCUUUAUGGUAGACUAUUGGCUAAUUUAGGAUUAUCAAGGCAUUAUAAUUUAUCCAUAACUAUUUAUCUAUAUUGUUGCAUGCCGUGUAAUCACAAUACAAUAUAUUGUAAAUACCGUUACACAAUCCUUUGCUAACUGCACAUGGCAUUGCCGUAGUUAUCAUGAAGCUGCGUUUUUGUCAUGUUAUUCCACACCGGAAAAAAUACUUUCAACCUGCGUUAAAUUGAAAAGUGAUAAAGAGUUGAUGCCAUGCCUAUUCUCAGAAUUGAUUAUUUAAUAUAGUGUGCUCUUUUAUUAUUAUUAUUAUAAAUUUAGGUGUGAGAUGGAGAUAAACACAAGGAACAAUGUGGAUGGAGAUACUGGUUCUUUGAGAAGAGUCUUACAACAAAUUAACAAUGAAGUGCAAACCUUAUCCGGAGAAGUCCAAUGUCUCCAGCAAGAACUUUUCCAGAUGAGGAACAACCAUUCAGGGGUAAAGUGGAAAUAUGUCAAUGGCCUAUUAUUAUAAUUUAUUAAAACACUACUGAGAACAAAGAUGUAUUUGGAAUAAUUACAGGACUUCAAAUGUCAAGUCAUAAGCUACUAGCCAGGCCUCAAAAGUUUUUUUGCCACUGCAGCCUAGAGAAUCCUUGGCACUUUUACCAUUAGUUACUUUGUACGAUGCAGGGCUAAAUUUUUACUACGAAUGUAAUUUUUUUCCAUUAAUUAAUAAAAGUUAACAGUUUUGGGGAUCUCUUUCUUGCAUACAUCGUGAGUGUUUGUUUACACAUUGAAACCUAAGGGUUAUUUAUUUCUUUAUAAAUUACUUUAAAAUUUUUCUUUCACUUCUUACCCUAGUUCUUUGUCUUUUUCAAAGGAAGUGGAUGGUCUGCGUGCUCAGCUUGGAACCAGAGUCAACGUAGAAAUGAAUGCUGCUCCAUCCAUCGACCUGAACAGAGCUCUAUCUGAGCUCAGAGAAGAAUAUGAAAAUAUGAUGGAGAGGAACCUCAGGGAAGUCGAGGGCAUGUUCUUGGCAAGGGUAAUUCUAACCAUAAUAUAAUGGAGCAACUAGCUGACAGUAAACUAUAACACUAAAACUAUAGACCCAUACCAGAUUGGUAAGAACAGUAUUAUAUUUUUACAUGAAAUUUUUUUUUCUUGCAGAGUGCAGAACUGGACCGUGAGAUGUCUUUAGGAGCCGUACAAUUGCAGUCAGUUAAUAAUGAUAUCAUUGAUUCAAAGCGGUCUUUACAGACCCUGGAGAUCGACUUGCAGAGCCAGCUAAGUAUGGUAUGUCAGCAUGAAUUAAAAUAUGUAAACAUAUAUAAAGCAAAACCAUGACUAUAUUCCACAUUUGCUGUUUUAAUUGGUUCUAAUAAUGCUUUAUUGACUACAAAGUCACUUGUGCCAGUCUUUAGUUUAAGAAAGUUUACCCUUGGCAAUUUUUUAUGUCUCCAAGUUGGAGAUUAACAAUAGUACAAUAAUAUGAUGUAAAAAAUAAAUCCAUGAAUAAAGGAUCAUAUACUUAUUUAGUUCAGUAAUAUUGCUGUGUCAUCAUUGGCAGAAAUCAGCUCUAGAGGGCACCUUAUCAGAGACGGAGGCAACGUUUGGUUCUCAGCUCUCCCAGUUACAAUGCAUGAUUGAUAACAUUGAAGGUCAGCUGACACAGAUCCGAUCUGACCUAGAACAACAGAAUCAUGAAUACCAAGUUCUCAUGGACCAGAAGACCCAUCUAGAGAUGGAAAUCAACACCUAUAGACAUCUGCUGGAUGGACAUGACAUUCAGUGCGUAUUACAAUUUUUUGUCAAAUUUAGUUGUUAAGUAUUCAGAUCAAAAAAGGAGAAGAAAAACGAAAUAAUGCUGGUUUAAGUGUAGUCAUCAUUAUACAGUCUAUGAUGGAAACGUUGACAAAACCUGGCUAUUGAUAUAUCUUAAUAUUCAUGUAUAACACCAAUACACGGGGCACUUACCUACAUUAAUGAGUAUACAGUCACAAGUGAGCAUAAUAAACACUAGAAUAUUUUAAAUGAAUUAGCUUAUAGAACAUAACAUAAAAUAUAAUAUUUGUAACUGAGGUGGGCAGUUAAAUGUUUAUAUUAAUUGAAUAGAUGAGAUAGGUGACUGAGGGAGACAACUAAGGAGGAGAUAAUUAUUGGUCGUAAAUAAAUUACAAAAUGGGGUUUCACAGAAGGUAUAUGUGCAUAGAUGGGUUUUGGGGUACAUAAAAUUAUAAAUGAGGUGGCUGAUUAGAUAGUUUGUUUUAAUAUUAGGGUUUAGAAGGAAGAAGAUGUGCAACUAGGAAGAAUCCAGGAAGUUGGUGGUAAGGAUGUAAAUAAAGCAGAGAUGAUGAGCGUAGUUUACAUAGUAGAUUAAUAAGAAGACGAAGGGAAGUGCAACAUACUAAUCAGAAGUGGCCAAAACAUAGAUCCCCAUCUGUUACAUAACCACAGAUCACAUGUUGCUUUACUAAUUGUAAGGUUGACAGUGCAUCAUUGAGAUUAUAUGUCCGCAAUACCUUUUUUAGAGGGAUUUUUUUUUAAUAGUUAAAGCAUUAUUAAUUAGUUUAUUAGUAAUCCUGGAUGCAUAUUACGAAGUAUGAAGUACUAAGUACCGAAGAAUGUUGAUGUUAAGGCAAUAUAAUAUGUGCUGCUCUAUAUUACAGUUAAUUUCACCUAAGGUAAUUGUGUAUUUUUGAUAAAAAAAUAUAAUACACACCUCUCUCAUAUCAGUUCUUCUAAACAUUUCUAAAUCUUUUCACAGUAUUGCCGAUCAUACCAGUUCUGGAGGUGAGUAAUAUACAUCACAAUAAAAAAAAUACAGUUACAACGAAAAUGCUUAGCUAUGUAUUGCAAUGAUAUAUGAUAUUUCUAAACCUUGCUUAUUGAUCCAACUGUUAUACAGUAUAUAGGGAAUCAACACAGUAAAGGAGGAGACUAUAUUUAAAAGAAGAAAAACUACCACAACAAGAGGACAUAGUCUUAAAUUAGAGUGACAAAGGUUUAAAAAGAAUAUCCGGAAGUAUUACUUUACUGAGAGGAUAGUGGAUGCAUGGAAUAGCCUUCCAGCUGAAGUGGUAGAGGUUAACACAGUAAAGGAGUUUAAGCAUGCGUGGGAUAGGCAUAAGGCUAUCCUAACUAUAAGAUAAGGCCAGGGACUAAUGAAAGUAUUUAGAAAAUUGGGCAGACUAGAUGGGCCGAAUGGUUCUUAUCUGCCGUCACAUUCUAUGUUUCUAUGUUUCUAUUACUUUCUUAAGAUUUAAUCAACCCAAAAAUAAAAGAUGUAAUAAAGUCUGUGUGCCCAUCUAAUUUUUCCACGUCUGCUCUAUUCUAGCAUCCCAUCACAACAAGUGCAAGUAAUGGCCGUGUGCUUCUCAGUAAGCUCUUGAUGCCUCUCUAGAAAAAUAAUAACAUGAAUUGAAAUCAUUAUGAAAUCAACUUCUCUGGAAUUAGCAAUCUGCCUUUAUUGUCUUUCUUUAAUUCCCUUUCCAUUUCUAAACUGAUACUGAUUAAAUGCAAGUGAAAAUCCAACACAAAAUAUAUUAGCUAUGUGUACAAGUAAAACUGAUAUUGUUCUGAAUUAUUGGACACUGUUUGUGUCAUAUUGUUCCUGAAAAAAAUAGAACUCAUCUACAGCUUGUAUAUCAAUACAAUAUUUACAAUGACUUUAUGCAGCUUUAUCGAAGGAUGGUGUUGAGUGGUUUGCCUGGCAAAUAUUAUAUGAAAGAACAUUUGAAUUUCCAAGUACUGAAAGCAUUUUAUAACUGUUUCACGAAAUUAUAAUUCUAAGACAAUGUUGAUCGGCUGUAUAAUUUUUGUAAACUAGUAUUUUACUAAUAUUGUAAAGCGCUGCGGAUUACGUGGGCGCUAUAUAAAUGCCAAAUAUAAUAAUGAAAUAAUAAUAAUAUAUUUAUCGUUUGGAUUUAUGUUUUGUGGGAACUUUUGGACUGUAUUGUAAUUACAACUUUAUUGUAACUGAAUCUACAAUUCUUUAAAAAUAAAUAAUUUUUCUUUGUCUUCUGCAAACCCGGUGGUGUAUUUGUAUUUUGUAUUACGAAAGCUAAAAGCUGUUGGAUUCUCAGCUUUUCAAAUUUUUUAGAAUUGAAUUGCCUGAAUUUAGCUAGUAAUAUUUGUUUUCACUACUGUUUGGAGUUGAAUGAAUAAACCCCUAAAACCCACACACAUUAUUGCACUGCUGGAAGAAUAAAACACAAACUAUAGUCAGUUUCUGAAAAUAUAUUUACUGUGCUAAGAAUUACAAUUAAGACAGAUCAACUUUAAAUGUUAAGAAUAUUUAUAGUGUACAAAACAAACAAAUAAACAACAACAACAAAAAACAAAUCUACCUCCACUACAGGCAAUGUAGACUGUGAAAUGUACAACAUCUUGGAAACAUUGUAAAAAAGAGUUUAUUGGUUUGAUAUUUUUGAGAACGGCUAAUGUAGGUAUUCACAAAAGUCAGAAUUCAAAGUGAAUUUAGAAUUUAAGGCUAAAAUCCCCCCAACUGGACACUUGCUGUGAAUCCAGUUUGGUUACUUUGGCCUAACAUUUGAAAUCCAUUCACUUUGAAUUCUCACAUUUGGGAAUAACCCUGUAAGAGUAACUAAAUAACGUAGGAAUUCAUGAAUUGCAGAUAUACAAACAAAGCAUAUUUUAAUUUUGUAAGCAUCACUUUAUCGGGUAUCGAUUUGGUUAAAUGUGACAACAUUCUCUAAAAUAUCAUUUUAAUUCUAAGAAAAAAAAAAGUCUGUUUAUAUUACCAAUAUAUAAAAUUAAUUUGUGAUGAUAAAUAUAAAAAUAUAUUAAAAAAAUAUAUAUAAUUUGAGAACGACAUACUUGGUUUGUAUAGUUAUAUUUAUGUGUUUUAGUGUUGCAUGGGAGAGCAGCACAUUGUUUUGGUCUCUGCUGUGGCUCACCUAAUAGAAAUAGGUGGAGACCUAUCAUCAAGCCCCUACUUCAGGGAUAGGAACCCUUUGACAUUCCAUAUGACGUGCACUACAUCUCCCGUAAUACUCCUACAGCCAUGAUGCUGGCAAAGCACCAGGGGGAUGUAGUCCGCAACAUCUGAAGUGCUGAAGGAUGUCUAUCCCUACUUAGUAUCUUAGGGUCACAGGUGACCUAAAAAUGUUAUUCCUUUAUUAUGUUUUCUUAAUAAAGGGACAAAUGUCUUUGUCAGUGUGAUGAAGCCACAUGGCUCUCUCUAAUUUCUCUAACAGCUUACAGCAAAUAUAUGUACUGACAACAUGGAAAAUAAGUCAGUCACACAUUGGACUGCAUGAAUGAACGAUGGUAACUGAAAAGAAUAUUAUUGCCAACUUCUAAUCAAUGAAAACAACAAAAAUCCAAAGGAAGCAUCAUAUGUUGCAUGGGCACCUUUGAUGCAUGUUGGGAAAUGAUAAUGGGUAUCUUCAAAACGUUUUGGCCCAUACUAGUGUUAUGGGCAAAUGCAAAUAUUACAAGUUUUAGAAUGAAAUGUUGUAUUUCUUAAACUGUGUACUUUGUUUUUAAGAGAUAUUGCAAACUGACAAGGUGUUAGAAAUGGAACAUAUUGUUUUUCAUAGAUGUUUCUUUAAACAAUAACCUCUUACCUACCUACAGUGCAUAAUAUGUUUGCGCCAUUUUGUCCCAGACUAAUUAAAAAAACAAUAAUGCAUAAGCAAGCUUCAAGUCUAUGCUACGACUCUUUCAGUAUGCAAUAUACUGUGGUAACCUUAGUAGAUAAGGAUGUUCAGAUUAAGAUGGCAUCUUGAACUAAGUCAGGAAAAUUUCCAUGACAUAUGCACCCUUUAGAUAUGGCCUUGUAUGUUUGCCAAAUUAAGGGAGGUCCUAAAAUGAAUAAAGUAAAAGAAGUGUUACUUUUUCAUAUAUGAACUAUGGUAACCCUAAAAUGGAGACACCUAAGGUAUAAAUAGGUGUACUUUUAAAUGUUAAGGAACAGAGGAGAGACUUGGAGACAGACGCAGCUCCAUCUUAAAAUGACAGAGAGGCUGGCAUGAUGACAUGUUCAGAAGGGUAUGAAGGGUAUGUUAACCUAUUAAUGAUAUUUGGUUUAAUCUUAUAAACUCUGCUAUAAUGGAUUUUAUAUAUCUAUAUUUAUAUUUUUAUAUAAUAAAUACCAAAAAGACAAAACUUUAUUGCUUCCAAGACAAUCCUUAUUUUAUAUUGUAUUCUCAAUUAUUUAUAUAUGUUAAAUAGAGGAUCUCUUACACUAAUGAUAUAAAAUUAUAGCUAAGAUAUCUGUAUGGUUAGCCCUGCUAAGUUCUAUGCUUUAAGACCUUAUAGAGGUAAAUAAGGGAGCCAGCCGCGGUUACACUAGUAUCAGAUAGACACCUUAAGGAUGUCGUGACACCUCAUCCAUCUAUUACGGAAUGCAGAUGGAGAAAUUUGAGAAACCUUUUGUUACCCAGUCAUCUCCCCGCUAGUGCCACCUCAGGUCACCCUAAAAAAUACUUACCAGCGAGCGAUCACACUCUUUCUUUAGUUGUUGCACCAUUGGAAUAGUCUAUUUACUGACAUGUUCUUGUGGCCUGAUGUAUGCGGGUAAGACAUUUUGCCUAUUUAAAUACAGAAUCCAGGAACACAUUAAUUCAAUAUGGAGACGUCUGGAAACCCCAAUUUCCAGGCAUCUACAUCACCAUCAUGACCACUCCUCAGCUCUUAUUUAUGAGUCUGGAACAUGUACCUCAACCAACUCGUAAAGGGGUUGGUACAUUACACUUUGUCAGAGAGAGGCAUUCUGGAUUUAUAGGUCAAAAACACUAUCGCCACUUAAAUAAAGGGUUUUCUUACUCCCCCUUCAUAUGAUACAGGGACUGAUUCUGUGACUAUGUGGGUUUUUAUUGUAAGCUAGUAUGCUAUACAACAAUUGUUGUCUAAACCUUUUUUAACCUUUUUAGUUUCUUGCACUUUUUAAUUGGUGUCUUUAAUCACUAAUUUUGCUCUCAUCUAAAUAUGUAUAAUGAUGACUGACUACUUGUGACGUUAUAGUAGUUCAUGUAUUCUUCAGUGGCUCUUUAUACCACUUUAUGUAACAUUUAUUAUAGAUACUAAACUUACAGCUAUACUUAUGAUUACAUGUGGGAGGUACCUUCUAAUGGGUCAACCCACGUUGGCACUAUUCAUCCAUAAUGCAUUCACCCAUCAUGUAUUCCUCUUGUGCCUGCCUUAUAAUCAUUUCAAGUAAUGGUAUUAACCCUUCUUUACAGCUAACUAGGACAUAAUAUAACUUUCUUUUCGUUGUGGUAUAAACAAGGGUAUAAAAUAUUAUGGUAACUGCCCGCUAUGUAUGUUGGUUUGCAGCAAUCGCAUGUGGGCGGUGUUGAUGAUGGGAUGUCUCAUGCCAUUACUAUUGAACACACCCACUCUGCGCACGUCACGGAUGCUGCCCACGUCCCACGUUGGGUCGGACCUAUGACGCUGCAUACUGACGUCUCCUGUGCAGACAGUUUGAUAUGGGUGAAUGGAUGCUGCUUUCCUGUAAUGGGUAAUGUGAACAAAUAUUGCCUAAUUGGCCUACAGCUAUGCUAGUCACAGGUGUUGACUGCCUAUUGGCGGUCUUCCCAACCCCAUUGAUUAUACACCACCCAAUUAGGUCUGGCUACACUUCAAGUAAGGGGAUUGGAUGAGACAUCUUUGUGCACCGCCCCCUGACCAGCUGAUUCUGUUAUGGCUCAUUGUUUAUAUGGUAUUCAAACAGACUACUGGAUGAGACAGACUACUUUGCCCCUGACGACGGUAUUGUACCACACCGAAACGCACGUCAGGCUCUUUUACUAUUUUUAAUUAUGCACUUAUUUUCACGUUAGGUAGCACUUCGCCUUUUCUUUGAGUUAUCUCUUCAGGGUCUAUGGUUUAGGUAGGCACUAGCCUAGUGUGGUGCUGAGGUAUUAGGGACAGAGUAUUUUUGUGGGGUAUGAUGUGUACCUAUUAUUGAUUUUCUAGCAGUGGAGUAAUUCUGCUCUUCGUAUACUCAGCUCUUUAUCUACAAUUUUCGCUGGAUGAGAAAUUUCAUUCUUUCUGAGUGAUAUGCAGACAAUUCCCUUGUGUCCCCAUUUAGCCUUUGAUAGUACCUGUAUAUUAGCAUGAUAUCUAACCAGAGUGGAGUUACUUUUGUGUCUCUCAUCUGUCCUAUAGGGCUAACCUCUACCUGGCAUUCAGACACUGUCUUUCCUAUUUAGGACCCUAGUUAGAUAUAGUGGCUCUAAGUUAUAGUCUUAAUAAAGGUUUUUAAUUCAAUUUAUUUUGGUUUUGCUACUAUACUAUUUUAGGUUGUACUCUUUCUCAUACUGCCUCUCUGUUGGGAGUGGAUGAGUGAAUGAUAGCUAGUGCCUGCAUGUAAUGCAAAAUAAAUGAAAGGGUGGUCAUUUAACGAUGAGUUUAUCAAGCAGGCUUGGGGGUUUCCUCUUCAGUCUACCCACACGGGUACAGGAAUGUGCAAAUUAUACAGUAUAUCAGAAUCAGAAAUAGUGAAACUCUCUAUACCAGUGGUCUCAAUUCAAAUUACUUGGGGGUCACUGGCCUAGUAAUCCUUUCACAUGAGGGCAGCUUGUAAAAAUCACAAAUCACAAAAUUGCAAAGAAACACAAGUAACCACAGCCGGUUCCCCUAUUUACCACUAUAAUGUCAGGGCUAACCACACAGAUAUCUUAGCCAUAAUAUUAUAUAGUUUGUAAGAGUUUCUCUAUUUAAAAUAUAUAAAUAAUUGAGAAUUCAAUAUAAAGACAGAGACAAGCCCAUAAUUGUAUGGGGAACUGAACGUAACGACAGAAGGCUAAGUGAGGCCUUGUGAAAUUGAGGUAAUCGUAACGAGUAAGAUUUCAGUACCUGAUACUGUAUGUCAGGAACAAGGUCGACAAUCCAUAUAUUUAAAUGUGGUAAUUUGACGGCAAAGACACGCGGCCAUCUUUGGAAGGUCUGAUGUACCUUUAUAGAGAAUAAUGGCAUGGUGGACAUCUUGGAGGAGGAGAAUAUACUCAGAUGAUUGCCAGAAACACUCCAUAUAUGGCAAAGAGGAUGGACCAUCAAUCCACAGCUGUUAAUAUUUGUAAUGUAAUUAUAUUUAUUAUGUAUACUAUAUAAGAAGGUUGUGGCACUAGUUAUGAUAUGCACCUGAGGGAGACCUAUUGCAUUAGGUCGAAACGCGUUGUGCUCUAUUUUAUUUUAUUUUGUUUCAAUAAAAGUAUUUACCUUUUAUCCACUUGGCAACCUGGUUCCUGAUUUUUAUAAGAAAGAAGACUCCAGAUAUCUUCCAAGGGACUUAAAAGCUCAAAUCCACAUCUGAUUGAUGUAUCUACCUCUACAGUUUAGAGCCAACUCAGAAAGGCUCUAAAUAUUGUGAGUUUUUCCAAGUUUUAUAUGAUUGUAUUUGUAUUGAGAUGUAUUACCAAUAGUGUCACUGGAUAAUUCCCUCAGUAAAACACCCGAAUCCCCAAACAGCAGCCGUAGUCAGAAGAAGGGUACAAAGAUGAACUAAAGAUUUAUUGAUAGACACUCUCUUUUUAUGGGAUUCUGCCCAUUCAAGGGAGACUCCCCCAUAAUUAACAAUACAGCCAAUCAUGACAAUAUACAUACUGUACAUCUUCUCCCCUCAGAUAACCAAUUAACACAAUUAAAACGGAACACAUUUUCCCCAAAGUCUGGAUGUACCCCAGAUAGCUGAACUCUGGGGGACCAACAUAUUAAAGAAUCCGCCCAUUCGGUUCAGCCGUUCGGGAGAUAUGGGACUUAUAAGUUUUGACCGACUGCACGGGCAAAGUAGCCGAAAACAGUUCCACAAAUUCUGGCCCUGCAGUCGGUCUCAGGUCGCGUGUAAAAACUACCGAACGGCCGGCUAUCCAGAUGCCAUCCUGGGUUCGCUGAAAUACCCAUCCGUUAGUAAGUCUUUCUACCGAAUUCCCGGUCAUUCUGUAGUUUUGGCGGGGUUCUCCCGAAGGUAUGGAGGAUUCAGCGGUGUUCGUCUGUUUGAGUGUCCGAUUUCAGUUCCAGACACUCGACGGCAAACACCACUGUUGGGGAGUUAAAAUGGCCGCGAACACGUGGAAGUCCCGAAAUGGCGGCUAUGCAUACAGUUCGUGCGGGACUUUCGACGAACAUGCCCAUCAAGCUGGGGGGUAAAAUACUCUUAAUUGGAAACAGGGUGGUUGUGAUUUGGUAGUUUUAUCUACCGAAUGCCAUAGGGGUACAUAACAGAAAACAAGGUAAUGCAAAUUGUCACUUUGAAGCAAAAUAGGGGGAUUUCUUCACAUACGGUAACCCUAAAAUGGAGACACCUAAGGUAUAAAUAGGUGUACUUUUAAAUGUUAAGGAACAGAGGAGAGACUUUGAGACAGACGCAGCUCCAUCUUAAAAUGACAGAGAGGCUGACAUGAUGACAUGUUCAGAAGGAUAUGAAGGGUAUGUUAACCUAUUAAUGAUAUUUGCAAGCAUUUAGUUUAAUCUUAUAAACUCUGGUAUAAUGGAUUUUAUAUGUCUAUAUUUAUAUUUUUAUAUAAUAAAUACCAAAACAAUCCUUAUUUUAUAUAGUAUUCUCAAUUAUUUAUAUAUGUUAAAUAUUCAUGUGUUCCUCGUGAAAAAAAAAAUAUAUAUUUUUUUUUUAUUCAUUUGGCUGUCAACUUUCAAGUUCCUUAUUCUUGUGCUGCAAGUGAAGAACUAUUUAUUUCAGCCACUUUUUAUUUGUUUUAUUGUUGUCCAUCUGUCACUAUCUCAACAAAUAUAUAAUCCCUUUGAUCAGUUCAUUCAAAUCUGAGUCUGGUGUAGUCUGCGUGCAUCGGAUAUCAACUAAGUUGCUCCAAGAGCCAAACUACAAAAGCUCGGUAUGACAAGGUGUGAUGAUCUAUACCUUUGAUGUACAUUUAUAAUAUAAAUUAGUAUAUUAAUAAUUGUAUUCACCACCUGUAAGCGUUCUCAUUAAUCCACAAAUUAUUUAUACCUGAAUCACAUUUAAGGCAGAUAUAAAAUAUUGCAUAAAGGAAUGUGAUGCCUAUAAAAUACCUAUAAAAGUAACCUUUUUCUACUUAACUUGCUUCAUAUAUAAGAAGGUUGAAGUCAAAGAGACACUUGCAGUUUACUUUCUUAAGAAGAAACAUUUCCAAUUCUUUGUUUAACUCAAUCAGAGAUCAACAUGAAGCAUCAAGGCAGCUACUCUUAUUCUGGAUCCCUCAUGGUAGGCCACAGCUCUAGAGGCCAUUGUUCCUCUGGUAGCAUCUCUUCACUUCAUCAUGGAAGCUCCAAUACACUUCACCAUAAGAGCUUCAGCUGCUCUAAUACUGGUGGUUCCUAUAAAUCAUCCAGCCACCUUGGAGGAAACUCAAAACUAUCUAUCAGUUCAUCUGCUGGUCUUGCACAUGGAGGUGGAAGUGGCCAUGGUGGCCUUACAAGUCAUCUCAAGAGUUCUAACAACCACGCUCAUAACCUACUUCGUAUUAAUGAGAAAGAUACAAUGAGGGCUCUGAAUGAGCGUCUUGCCUCCUAUUUAGACAAGGUCCAUUCGCUGGAGCAGGAGAAUGCUGAGCUGGAAAGGAAGAUAUGUGAAUGGUAUGCAAACAAUGCCCCAAGCUCACUCCCUGACUCCAGUGAGUACUAUAGGACUAUUCAGGAGCUACAGAACCAGGUAAAACAAGACAUGUAUGAGUUUAUCUCCAAUGUGGUCAGUUGUAGGAUGAUCUUAUCUACAAUGCAUGUUUUAACGAGUUAAAGUAAACUUGCCAUUCAAUAAAAUAUCCAGACCAAAGUGUCUGCAAACACUGAAAAUACGACUGUAGACAUGACUGUAUAAUAGAGAUAUAGAAAUGUUAAAUAUUCUACAAUAUUUUAUAUACAUUACAUGAGAAAAUAUAUUAUAUACACUGCAUACAUAUCAUUCUGACUUGACCUAAACCAAUAUAUAUGCCAUUAAAGAUUUCUUCUAAUGUGGUUAUUUGUUGGGUGAUCCUACUUACAAUGUAUGUUUUAAUGACUUACCUUCUUAAUAAACGUACCAUUCUGUAAAAUAAUUCUAGUCUUAAAAGCUCAUGUAGAAUUGACUGUAUAAAUUAGAUACAGAGAUGUUCAAAACUUAUAUAAUAAAAAUUGUUAUAUUCACUAUAUAAAUAGUAUGAUGUUGUUACAUUCAAGAAUGCAGCAUUUCAAAUUCUGAACACAGAGCCUUAAAAAUCUCAUGUGGUUCAGCUUUUCUCAGAUAGAAAAUAUAAUAUCAGUGUGUAUAAUCAACAGAACAUUUUCUCAUAACUUUAGUUAUAGUCAGAUAUAGUUCACGGAGACCAAAAUGUUUAAGCAAAAGAAGUAAUAUAAAUUAUUUUUAGAGAUUAAUUGAGAAUGACUUUGCUUACCAGAUUUCUUUGGCGACAAUUAAAAGUGGAAGGAUUGUCCUACAGAUAGACAGCGCUCAACAAGCUUCAGAUGACUUCAGAAGCAGGUAAGUCUAUGAAGUUAUAAGAGUUAAAGAGAUAAGUGAAGACUUUGCUUUAUACAACUGUUGCAGCAUAUAUAUUGUAAAGGUGACUUUGUGUGGCAAAAUAUAAAUAUAAACAUAUAUUCAUCAAGUAUGGUGGUUAGUAUUAAAUGAAUAAUUAAAAAAACAAUAUUAAAAAAAAUCUAAAAAGCUCUCAUUUCUCACAAACAAACCUAUUUUUAUAUUGUUACAGCAAAACAUUCAGCAUAGAAUUAUAUAUAACUUCAGUUUAAUGAAAAUUCUCUCAAGUCAACGAUGAGGUCUACCAGCACUGAAGUAACUGCUCUAGUAAUGUUCUUACUAAGUUUUCGGUUGAGGAAAGUUAGUGCAGUAGCUGUAAACUUUCUUAUGUGUUCUAUUAAGGUGUCUAUUAUGUUUUAUAGUAAGCAUUAGUUUUGUCUAGUAUGGUUUUAACUGUUAGAAGCCAUAAGUUCUUUGGUGGAUUUUCUUUUGUUGUCUGUGUCUUUGUUUUUCUUAAAUGUCCACUUUGUAAAAUAGACUGAGUUCCGACCAUAGGUUAGAAGAUAGUGUUGACCUUUAUGGUAGACUAUUGGCUAAUUUAGGAUUAUCAAGGCAUUAUAAUUUAUCCAUAACUAUUUCUCUAUAUUGUUGCAUGCCGUGUAAUCACAGUACAAUAUAUUGUAAAUACCUUUAUGCAAUCCUUUACUAACUGCACAUGGCAUUGCCGUAGUUAUCAUGAAGCUGCGUUUUUGUCAUGUUAUUCCACACCGGAAAAAAUACUUUCAACCAGCGUUAAAUUGAAAAGUGAUAAAAAGGUGAUGCCAUGCCUAUUCUCAGAAAUGAUUAUAUAAUAUAGUGUGCUCUUUUAUUAUUAUUAUUAUCAAUUUAGGUGUGAGAUGGAGAUAAACACAAGGAACAAUGUGGAUGGAGAUACUGGUUCUUCCAGAAGAGUCUUACAACAAAUUAACAAUGAAGUGCAAACCUUAUCCGCAGAAGUCCAAGGUCUCCAGCAAGAACUUUUCCAGAUGAGGAACAACCAUUCAGGGGUUAAGUGGAAAGAUGUCAAUGGCCUAUUAUUAUAAUUUAUUAAAACACUACUGAGAACAAAGAUGUUUUUGGAAUAAUUACAGGACUUCAAAUGUCAAGUCGUAAGCUACUAGCCAGGCCUCAACAGUUUUUUGCCACUGCAGCCUAGAGAAUCCUUGGCACUUCUACCAGUGGUAACUUUGUACGAUGCAGGGCUAAAUUUUUACUCCGAAUGUCCAGUUAAUUUGUUUCCAUUAAUUAAUAAAAGUGAACAGUUUUGGGGAUCUCUUUCUUGCAUACAUCGUGAGUGUUUGUUUACACAUUCAAACCUAAGGGUUAUUUAUUUCUUUAUAAAUUACUUUAAAAUCUUUCUUUCACGUCUUACACUAGUCCUUUGUCUUUUUCAAAGGAAGUGGAUGGUCUGCGUGCUCAGCUUGGAACCAGAGUCAACGUAGAAAUGAAUGCUGCUCCAUCCAUCGACCUGAACAGAGCUCUAUCUGAGCUCAGAGAAGAAUAUGAAAAUAUGAUGGAGAGGAACCUCAGGGAAGUCGAGGGCAUGUUCUUGGCAAGGGUAAUUCUAACCAUAAUAUCAUGGAGCAACUAGCUGACAGUAAACUAUAACACUAUAACUAUAGACCCAUACCAGAUUGGUAAGAUCAGUAUUAUAUUUUUACGUGAAAUUUUUUUUUCUUGCAGAGUGCAGAACUGGACCGUGAGAUGUCUUUAGGAGCCGUACAAUUGCAGUCAGUUAAUAAUGAUAUCAUUGAUUCAAAGCGGUCUUUACAGACCCUGGAGAUCGAGCUGCAGAGCCACCUAAGUAUGGUAUGUCAGCAUGAAUUAAAAUAUGUAAACACAUAUAAAGCAACACCAUGACUAUAUUCCGCAUUUGCUGUCUUAAUUGGUUCUAAUAAUGCUUUAUUGACUACAAAGUCACUUGUGUCAGUCUUUAGAUUAAGAAAGUUUACCCUUGGCAAUUUUUUAUGCCUCCAAGUUGUGCCAAUAAUAGUAACUGCACUUGUGUCUUUUAAAUGAUGUGCAUUUUAUAUUAGUAAUAAUUCUGGAGAUAAAAUAAAAUCCUUUUAUAAUAUGAUAUUUAACAAGUCCUGCUAUUUUUGGAGGUUGACUACAUACAGUUUGGUUUAAUUGUGUUUUCGAUGAUGACCUUUUAGUUUAUGCUGAAUGCUUUCCCGAGAAAUGUUUCCAUUGCUGUAUAGGAAAUUAUAUCUCAUUCAUAUAUAAAAGAUUAAAGGCAUGUUGAAUGUUAACUCUCAAUUUUAAGAGUUACUUAAUGCGUUUGCACUGAAUCUCCCAAUAUUUCUGGGUGAGCAUUUUAUUAGACAACACACAAAUGUAUCAAUGUGUAGUGGUGGUACUCGUCAACCUUUACUUUCAACAUUUGUGAUCUAUUGUGAGUACACUACAAUAUAUCCAACCAUUGACACACAACACAAAGAAGCAAAGCCAGCUAUUUUAACUAAUAUCAUCAUGAUGGAAUAUGGGAAUUUUUUGAACUUUUAAAUAUAUUAACAAUAGUACAAUAAUAUGAUGUAAAAAAUAAAUCCCUGAAUAAAGGAUCAUAUUCUUAUUUAGUUAAGUAAUAUUGCUGUGUCAUCAUUGGCAGAAAUCAGCUCUAGAGGGCACAUUAUCAGAGACGGAGGCAACGUUUGGUUCUCAGCUUUCCCAGUUACAAUGCAUGAUUGAUAACAUUGAAGGUCAGCUGACACAGAUCCGAUCUGACCUAGAACAACAGAAUCAUGAAUACCAAGUUCUCAUGGACCAGAAGACCCAUCUAGAGAUGGAAAUCAACACCUAUAGACAUCUGCUGGAUGGACAUGACAUUCAGUGCGUAUUACAAUUUUUUGUCAAAUUUAGUUGUUAAGUAUUCAGAUCAAAAAAGGAGAAGAAAAAUGAAAUAAUGCUGGUAUAAGUGUAGUCAUCAUGAUGGAAAAGUUGACAAAACUUGGCUAUUGAUAUAUCUUCAUAUUCAUGUAUAACACCAAUACAUGGGGCACUUACCUACAUUAAUGAGUAUACAGUCACAAGUGAGCUUAAUAAACACUAGAAUAUUUUAAAUGAAUUAGCUUAUUGAACAUAACGUAAAACAUAAUAUUUGUAACUGAGGUGGGCAGUUAAAUGUUUAUAUUAAUUGAAUAGAUGAGAUAGGUGGCUGAGGGAGACAACUAAGGAGGAGAUAAUUAUUGGUCGUAAAUAAAUUACAAAAUGGGGUUUCACAGAAGGUCAUAUACCUUCUGUGAAACCACAUUUUGUAAUUUAUUUACGACCAAUAAUUAGAUGGGUUUUGGGGUACAUAAAAUUAUAAAUGAGGUGGCUGAUUAGAUAGUUUGUUUUAAUAUUAGGGUUUAGAAGGAAGAAGAUGUGCAACUAGGAAGAAUCCAGGAAGUUGGUGGUAAGGAUGUAAAUAAAGCAGAGAUGAUGAGCGUAGUUUACGUAGUAGAUUAAUAAGAAGACGAAGGGAAGUGCAACAUGCUAAUCAGAAGUGGCCAAAACAUAGAUCCCCACCUGUUACAUAACCACAGAUCACAUGUUGCUUUACUAAUUGUAAGGUUGACAGUGAAACAUUGGGAUUAUAUGUCCGCAAUAGCUGGGCAUCCAGUUUCUGGAUGCACCUUUUUUAGAGGGAUUUUUUUUAAUAGUUAAAGCAUUAUUAAUUAGUUUAUUAGUAAUCCUGAACGCAUAUUACGAAGUAUGAAGUACUAAGUACUGAAGAAUGUUGAUGUUAAGGCAACACAAUAUGUGCUGCUCUAUAUUACAGUUAAUUUCACCUAAGGUAAUUGUGUAUUUUUGAUAACAAAUAUAAUACACACCUCUCUCAUAUCAGUUCUUCUAAACAUUUCUAAAUCUUUUCACAGUAUUGCCAAUCAUACCAGUUCUGGAGGUGAGUUAUAUACAUCACAAUAAAAAAAUUACAUUUGCAACGAAAAUACUUAGCUAUGUAUUGCAAUGAUAUUUGAUAUUUCUAAACCUUGCUUAUUGAUCCAACUGUUAUACAGUAUAAAGGGAAUUAACACAGUAAAGGAGGAGACUAUAUUUAAAAGAAGAAAAACUACCACAACAAGAGGACAUAGUCUUAAAUUAGAGGGCAAAGGUUUAAUAAUAAUAUCCGGAAGUAUUACUUUACUGAGAGGGUAGUUGAUGCAUGGAAUAGCCUUCCAGUUGAAGUGGUAGAGGUUAACACAGUGAAGGAGUUUAAGCAUGUGUGGGAUAGGCAUAAGGCUAUCCUAACUAUAAGAUAAGGCUAAUGAAAGUAUUUAGAAAAUUGGGCAGACUAGAUGGGCCGAAUGGUUCUUAUCUGCCGUCACAUUCUAUGUUUCUAUGUUUCUAUUACUUUCUUAAGAUUUAAUCAACCCAAAAAUAAAAGAUGUAAUAAAGUCUGUGUGCCCAUCUAAUUUUUCCACGUCUGCUCUGUUCUAGCAUCCCAUCACAACAAGUGCAAGUAAUGGCCGUGUGCUUCUCAAUAAGCUCUUGAUGCCUCUCUAGAAAAAGAAUAACAUGAAUUGAAUCAUUAUGAAAUCAACUUCUCUGGAAUUAGCAAUCUGCCUUUAUUGUCUUUCAUUAAUUCCCUUUCCAUUCCUAAACUGAUACUGAUUAAAUGCAAGUGAAAAUCCAACACAAAAUAUAUUAGCUAUGUGUACAAGUAAAACUGAUAUUGUUCUGAAUUAUUGGACACUGUUUGCGUCAUAUUGUUCCUGAAAAAAAUAGAACUCAUCUACAGGUUGUAUAUCAAUGCAAUAUUUACAAUGACUUUAUGCAGCUUUAUCGAAGGAUGGUGUUGAGUGGUUUGCCUAGCAAAUAUUAUAUGAAAGAACAUUUGAAUUUCCAAGUACUGAAAGCAUUUUAUAACUGUUUCACGAAAUUAUAAUUCUAAGACAAUGUUGAUCGGCUGUAUAUUUUUUUGUAAACUAGUAUUUUACUAAUAUUGUAAAGCACUGCGGAUUACGUGGGCGCUAUAUAAAUGCCAAAAAUAAUAAUGAAAUAAUAAUAAUAUAUUUAUCGUUUGGAUUUAAGUUUUGUGGGAACUUUUGGACUGUAUUGUAAUUACAACUUUAUUGUAACUGACUCUACAAUUCUUAUAAAAUAAAUCAUUUUUCUUUGUCUUCUGCAAACCCGGUGGUGUAUUUGUAUUUUGUAUUAUGAAAGCUAUAUUUACUGUGCUAAGAAUUACAAUUAAGACAGAUCAACUUUAACCCCUUAAGACCGGAGGGCGUACAAUUAUGCCCUAUUUUAGGCGGCUCUAAACGCCGCCGGGCGUAAUUGUACGCCCUCCGGUCUUUUCUUACUUACUCGGUAGAUCCUCUUCCUCCGGUGCCCCUCGGCCAUGUGAGAGUGAGGUCCUUGCGAGGACCCCACAAUCACAUGGCCGGGGGUAGCUGCCUUCUGCAUUGCCAGCAGGGGGGCUGCCUGUAAUGACAGGUGGUCCCCCUGCUGGCUUGAAAUGAAAUUAAAAUAAAUUAAUUAAAAAGUAAAGUGUAAAAAUAUAUAUAUAUAUAUAUAUAUUCUUAGAUCAUAUAUAUAGUAUAUAUAUAUGAUCUAAGUAUAUAUAUAUACACAUAUACAUACACACACAUACACUGUCUAGGUGUAUUUUACUAUGUAUAUAUAUAAUUAUAUAUAUAUUAAUAUCAAAUUACACGUAGACUGUUACUGAAUAAAUAUAUAUAUAAUUAUUGUUAUAUAUAUAUGUAUAUAUAAUAUAAAAAAAUUAAAUAUGUAAAUAUAUUAAAAAAUAAAAUUAAAAAUAUAAUUAAAAAAAAAAAAUUAAAAAAUAUAUAGAUGUGUUAUUUCGUUCAAACUGUAUUGUGAUAUUAAUAUAUAUAUAUAUAUAUAUAUUUAUAUCAAAAUACACGUAGAACGAAAUUAUAUAUAUCUACAUACAUAAUUAUAUACGUAUACAUCACUAUAUAUAUCUAUAUAUAAAUAAAAAUAUUUUAAAAAAAUUAAAUAUAUAUACACAUAUAGAUUCACAUACGUAUAUAUAUACAUAUAUUAAUUCUACAUAUAUAUUUAUGUAAUUUUAUGGUGUUUUCAAAAGUUACAGCGUCAAAUAUAAGGCUUGCGUUUCAUUUUUUUCACAUUAAAAUUCGCCAGAUUGGUUACGGUGCCUUUGAGACCCUAUGGUAGCCCAAAAAUGAAAAUUACCCCUAUGAUGGCAUACCAUUUGCAAUAGUAGACAACCCAAGGUAUUGCAAACAGGGUAUGUCCAGUCUUUUUUAGUAGCCACUUAGUCACAAAAACUGGCCAAAAUUGGCGUUUUUUGAAUUUUUCCCACAAACAAAUACUAAUGCUAGCUUUGGCCAGUGUUUGUGACCAAAUGGCUACUAAAAAAGACUGGACAUACCCAAUUUGCAAUACCUUGGGUUGUCUACUAUUGCAAAUGGUAUGCCACUGUGGGUGUAAAUUUCAUUCCUGGGCUACGAUAAAGUCCCAAAAGCAACGUAACCAAUCUGGCGAAUUUCCAUUUCAAAUGUAACGUGCUAUAUUUGACCCUGUAACUUCCCAAAACGCCAUAAAACCUGUACAUAGGGGUACUGUUUUACACAUGAGACUUUGCUGAAUACAAAUAUGUGCAGUAAAAGCAAACCGUAUUAUGACAUUGACAGUUAAAAUGUCAUGUAGAACGAAAAAAGUAAAAAAAAAAAAUGUUAUUUUCUCCCAUUUUUUUCAUAUUAAAUUAUGUUUCAUAAUUUUUGAUAUUAAAUGAAAGCCCUGUUUCCCCUGAAUAAAAUGAUAUAUAAUAAGGGUGGGUGCAUUUACUAUGAAAGAGUGAAUUACGGUUGGACAGACAUGUAGCGCAAACGCCAGGUUUUUUUUACAUUUUGUUUCGUUCACAACGUGUACAUUUGGCUCCGUCCUUAAGGGGUUAAAUGUUAAGAAUAUUUAUAGUGUACAAAACAAACAAACCAACAACAACAAAAAACAAAUCUACCUCCACUACAGGCAAUGUAGACUGUGAAAUGUACAACAUCUUUGAAGCAUUGUAAAGAAGAGUUUAUUGGUUUGAUAUUUUUGAGAACGGCUAACGCAGGUAUUCACAAAAGUCAGAAUUCAAAGUGAAUUUAGAAUUUAAGGCUAAAAUCCCCCCAACUGGACGCUUGCUGUGAAUCCAGUUUGGUUACUUUGCCUAACAUUUGAAAUCCAUUCACUUUGAAUUCUCACAUUUGGGAAUAACCCUGUAAGAGUAACUAAAUAACGUAGGAAUUCAUGAAUUGCAGAUAUACAAACAAAGCAUAUUUUAAUUUUGUAAGCAUCAGUUUAUCGGGUAUCGAUUUGGUUAAAUGUGACAACAUUCUCUAAAAUAUUAUUUUAAUUCUAAGAAAAAAACUGUCUGUUUAUAUUACCAAUAUAUAAUAUUCAUCUGUGAUGAUAAAUAUAAAAAUAUAUUAAAAAUAUAUAUAUAAUUUGAGAACGACAUACUUGUAUAGUUUUAUUUUUGUGUUUUAGUGUCACAUGGGAGAGCAGCACAUUGUUUUGGUCUCUGCUGUGGCUCACCUAAUAGAAAUAGGUGGAGACCUAUCAUCAAGCCCCUAAUUCAGGGAUAGGAACCCUUCGGCAUUCCAUAUGACGUGCACUACAUCUCCCGUAAUACUCCUACAGCCAUGAUGCUGGCAAAGCAUCAGGGGGAUGUAGUCCGAAACAUCUGAAGUGCUGAAGGAUGUCUAUCCCUACUUAGUAUCUUAGGGUCACAGGUGACCUAAAAUUUUUAUUCCUUUAUUAUGUUUUCUUAAGAAACGGACAAAUGUCUUUGUCAGUGUAAUGAAGCCACAUGGCUCUCUCUAAUUGCUCUAACAGCUUACAGCAAAUAUAUGUACUGACAACAUGGAAAAUAAGUCAGUCACACAUUGGACUGCAUGAAUGAAUGAUGGUAACUGAAAAGAAUAUUAUUGCCAACUUCUAAUCGAUGAAAACAACAAAAAUCCAAAGGAAGCAUCAUAUGUUGCACGGGCACCUUUGAUGCAUGUUGGGAAAUGAUAAUGGGUAUCUUCAAAAUGUUUUGGCCCAUACUAGUGUUAUGGGCAAAUGCAAAUAUUACAAGUUUUAGAAUGAAAUGUUGUAUUUCUUAAACUGUGUACUUUGUCUUUAAGAGAUAUUGCAAACAGACAAGGUGUUAGAAAUGGAACAUAUUGUUUUUCAUAGAUGUUUCUUUAAACAAUAACCUCUUACCUACCUACAGUGCAUAAUAUGUUUGCGCCAUUUUGUCCCAGACUAAUUAAAAAAGCAAUAAUGCAUAAGCAAGCUUCAAGGCUAUGCUACGACUCUUUCAGUAUGCAAUAUACUGUGGUAACCUUAGUAGAUAAGGAUGUUCAGAUUAAGAUGGCAUCUUGAACUAAGUCAGGAAAAUUUCCAUGACAUAUGUACCCUUUAGAUAUGGCCUUGUAUGUUUGCCAAAUUAAGCGAGGUCCUAAAAUGAAUAAAGUAAAAGAAGUGUUACUUUUUCAUAUAUGAACUACGGUAACCCUAAAAUGGAGACACUUAAGGUAUAAAUAGGUGUACUUUUAAAUGUUAAGGAACGGAGCAGAGACUUGGAGACAGACGCAGCUCCAUCUUAAAAUGACAGUGAGGCUGACAUGAUGACAUGUUCAGAAGGGUAAGAAGGGUAUGUUAACCUAUUAAUGAUAUUUGCAAGCAUUUAGUUUAAUCUUAUAAACUCUGCUAUAAUGGAUUUUAUAUAUCUAUAUUUAUAUUUUUAUAUAAUAAAUACCAAAAAGACAAAACGUUAUUGCUUCCAAGACAAUCCUUAUUUUAUAUUGUAUUCUCAAUUAUUUAUAUAUGUUAAAUAGAGGAUCUCUUACACUAAUGAUAUAAAAUUAUAGCUAAGAUUUCUGUAUGGUUAGCCCUGCUAAGUUCUAUGCUUUAAGACCUUAUAGUGGUAAAUAAGGGAACCAGCCGCGGUUACACUAGUAUCAGAUAGACACCUUAAGGAUGUCGUGACACCUCAUCCAUCUAUUACGGAACGCAGAUGGAGAAAUUUGAGAAACCUUUUGUUACCCAGUCAUCUCCCCGCUAGUGCCACCUCAGGUCACGCUAAAAACUACUUACCAGCAGGCUCCUAGCAAUGUGGUCAUUGUAGUGCAUGUCCCUUUAUCAACAGACAUUAUAAGGCCUACUCCAGUAGCACCAAUAUGGAAAUGUAUAGAUCACACUCUUUCUUUAGUUGUUGCACCAUUGGAAUAGUCUAUUUACUGACAUGUUCUUGUGGCCUGAUGUAUGUGGGUAAGACAUUUUGCCUAUUUAAAUACAGAAUCCAGGAACACAUUAAUUCAAUAUGGAGAUGUCUGGAAACCCGAAUUUCCAGGCAUCUACAUCACCAUCAUGACCACUCCUCAGCUCUUAUUUAUGAGUCUGGAACAUGUACCUCAACCAACGCGUAAAGGGGUUGGUACAUUACACUUUGUCAGAGAGAGGCGUUCUGGAUUUAUAGGUCAAAAACACUAUCGCCACUUAAAUAAAGGGUUUUCUUACUCCCCCUUCAUAUGAUACAGGGACUGAUUCUGUGACUAUGUGGGUUUUUAUUGUAAGCUAGUAUGCUAUACAACAAUUGUUGUCUAAACCUUUUUUAACCUUUUUAGUUACUAGCACUUUUUAAUUGGUGUCUUUAAUCACUAAUUUUGCUCUCAUCUAAAUAUGUAUAAUGAUGACUGACUACUUGUGACAUUAUAGUAGUUCAUGUAUUGUUCAGUGGCUCUUUAUACCACUUUAUGUAACAUUUAUUAUAGAUACUCAACUUACAGCUUAUACUUAUGAUUACAUGUGGGAGGUACCUUCUAAUGGGUCAACCCACGUUGGCACUAUUCAUCCAUAAUGCAUUCACCCAUCAUGUAUUCGUCUUUUACCUGCCUUAUAAUCAUUUCAAGUAAUGGUAUUAACCCUUCUUUACAGCUAACUAGGACAUAAUAUAACUUUCUUUUCGUUGUGGUAUAAACAAGGGUAUAAAAUAUUAUGGUAACUGCCCGCUAUGUAUGUUGGUUUGCAGCAAUCGCAUGUGGGCAGUGCUUGAUGAUGGGAUGUCCCAUCCCAUUACUAUUGAACAGACCCACUCUGCGCACGUCACGGAUGCUGCCCACGUCCCACGUUGGGUCGGACCUAUGACGCUGCAUACUGACGUCUCCUGUGCAGACAGUUCGAUAUGGGCGAAUGGAUGCUGCUUUCCUGUAAUGGAUAAUGAGAACAAAUAUUGCCUAACUGGCCUACAGCUAUGCUAGUCACAGGUGGUGAAUGCCUAUUGGUGGUCUUCCCAACCCCAUUGAUUAUACACCUCCCUGUUAGGUCUGGCUACCCUUCAAGUAAGGGGAUUGGAUGAGACAUCGUUGUGCACCAUCCCCUGACCAGCUGAUUCUGUUAUGGCUAAUUGUUUAUAUGGUAUUCAAACAGACUACUGGAUGAGACAGACUACUUUGCCCCUGACGUCGGCAUUGUAUCACACCGAAACGCGCGUCAGGCUCUUUUACUGUUUUCAAUUAUGCACUUAUUUUCACGUUAGGUAGCACUUCGCCUUUUCUUUGAGUUAUCUCUGCAGGAUCUAUGGUUUAGGUAGGCAUUCUUUCUGAGUGAUAUGCAGACAAUUCCCUUGUGUCCCCAUCUAGCCUUUGACAGUACCUGUAUAUUAGCAGGAUAUCUAACCAGAGUGGAGUUACUUUUGUGCCUCUCAUCUGUCCUAUAGGGCUACCCUCUACCUGGCAUUCAGACACUGUCUUUCCUAUUUAGGACCCUUAGUUAGAUAUAGUGGCUCUAUGUUAUAGUCUUAAUAAAGGUUUUUAAUUCAAUUUAUUUUGGUUUUGCUACUAUACUUUUUUAGGUUGUACUCUUUCUCAUACUGCCCCUCUGUUGGGAGUGGAUGAGUGAACGAUAGCUAGUGCCUGCAUGUAAUGCAAAAUAAAUGAAAGGGUGGUCAUUUAACGAUGAGUUUAUCAAGCAGGCUUGGGGUUUUCCUCUUCAGUCUACCCACACUGGAACAGGAAUGUGCAAAUUACACAGUAUAUCAGAAUCAGAAAUAGUGAAACUCUCUAUACCAGUGGUCUCAAUUCAAAUUACUUGGGGGUCACUGGCCUAGUAAUCCUUUCACAUGAGGGCAGCUUGUAAAAAUCACAAAUCACAAAAUUGCAAAGAAACAUACGUAACCACAGCCGGUUCCCCUAUUUACCACUAUAAUGUCAGGGCUAACCAUACAGAUAUCCUAGCCAUAAUAUUAUAUAGUUUGUAAGAGUUUCUCUAUUUAAAAUAUAUAAAUAAUUGAGAAUUCAAUAUAAAGACAGAGACAAGUCCAUAAUUGUAUGGGGAACUGAACGUAACGACAAAAGGCUAAGUGAGGCCUUGUGAAAUUGAGGUAAUCGUAACGAGUAAGAUUUCAGUACCUGAUACUGUAUGUCAGGAACAAGGUCGACAAUCCAUAUUUUUAAAUGUGGUAAUUUGACGGCAAAGACAUGCGGCCAUCUUUGGAAGGUCUGAUGUACCUUUAUAGAGAAUAAUGGCAUGGUAGACAUCUUGGAGGAGGCGGAUAUACUCAGAUGAUUGCCAGAAACACUCCAUAUAUGGCGAAGAGGACGGACCAUCAAUCCACAGCUGUUAAUAUUUGUAAUGUAAUUAUAUUUAUUAUGUAUACUAUAUAAGAAGGUUGUUCCACUAGUUAUGAUAUGCACCUGAGGGAGACCUAUUGCAUUAGGUCGAAACGCUUUGUGCUCUAUUUUAUUUUAUUUUGUUUCAAUAAAAGUAUUUACCUUUUAUCCACUUGGCAACCUGGUUCCUGAUUGUUAUAAGAAAGAAGACUCCAGAUAUCUUCCAAGGGACCUAAAAGCUCAAAUCCACAUCUGAUUGAUGUAUCUGCCUCUAAAGUUUAGAGCCAACUAAGAAAGGCUCUAAAUAUUGUGAGUUUUUCCAAGUUUUAUAUGAUUGUAUUUGUAUUGAGAUGUAUUACCCUAUGAUGUUUUUUUUGUACCCACAGAACCUAGGGAUCUCAUUUAAUACAAGGAUAUCAUCUACCGUGUGCACAAUCACCAUAUUCCUUGUUGUUUUAGAUGUAUUUACGUGUCAUGUGUUAGAUUGUCAAUGAUACAUUGUCACUGUUUUCCAACCAUCGUAAGUGUUUACCACCACUACUUACUUUCCUUGCUCAUACUUCUUGAAUAGUUUGCCAAAAUAAGUUCAUUUUGUUGUUCAGCCCUUUACGACCCAUGUGUAAACCUGGUAAUAUGUUUUCAUUAUUAGUUGUUUGUCUAUGUUUUCUAUGAACCAUGUACAUGGACUACUCUAAGAGACCAACAUUUAACAGUCCAUAUUGCAUUUAUGGUGUAUUUUGCUGCAUGAAUCACUGCUUCUCUGUGACAAGUCUAGUAUAUCCAUGUGUUCCUCGUGAAAAAAAAAUAUAUAUAUUUAUUUUUUAUUCAUUUGGCUGCCAACUUUCAAGUUCCUUAUUCUUGAGCUUCAAGUGAAGAACUGAUUAAUUCAGCCACUUUUUAUUUGUUUUAUUGUUGUCCAUCUGUCGCUAUCUCAACAAAUAUAUAAUCCCUUUGAUCAGUUAAUUCAAGUCUGUGUCUGGUGUAGUCUGCAUGCAUCGGAUAUCAACUAUGUUGCUAUAAGAGCCAAACUGCAAAAGCUCGGUAUGACAAGGUGCGAUGAUCUAUACCUUUGAUGUACAUUUAUAAUAUAAAUUAGUAUAUUAAUAAUUGUAUUCACCACCUGUAAGCGUUCUCAUUAAUCCACAAAUUAUUUAUACCUGAAUCACAUUUAAGGCAGAUACAAACAUUGCAUGAAGGAAUGUGAUGCCUAUAAAAUACCUAUAAAAGUAACCUUAUUCUACCAAACUUGCUUCAUAUAUAAGAAGGUUGAAGUCAAAGAGACACUUGCAGUUUACUUUCUUAAGAAGAAACAUUUCCAAUUCUUCAUAUAACUCAAUCAGAGAUCAACAUGAAGCAUCAAGGCAGCUACUCUUCUUCUGGAUCCCUCAUGGUAGGCCACAGCUCUAGAGGCCAUUGUUCCUCUGGUAGCAUCUCUUCACUUCAUCAUGGAAGCUCCAAUACACUUCACCAUAAGAGCUUCAGCUGCUCUAAUACUGGUGGUUCCUAUAAAUCAUCCAGCCACCUUGGAGGAAACUCAAAACUAUCUAUCAGUUCAUCUGCUGGUCUUGCACAUGGAGGUGGAAGUGGCCAUGGUGGCCUUACAAGUCAUCUCAAGAGUUCUAACAACCACGCUCAUAACCUACUUCGUAUUAAUGAGAAAGAUACAAUGAGGGCUCUGAAUGAGCGUCUUGCCUCCUAUUUAGACAAGGUCCAUUCGCUGGAGCAGGAGAAUGCUGAGCUGGAAAGGAAGAUAUGUGAAUGGUAUGCAAACAAUGCCCCAAGCUCACUCCCUGACUCCAGUGAGUACUAUAGGACAAUUCAGGAGCUACAGAACCAGGUAAAACAAGAGAUGUAUGAGUUUAUCUCCAAUGUGGUCAGUUGUAGGAUGAUCUUACCUACAAUGCAUGUUUUAACGAGUUAAAGUAAACUUAUCAUUCAAUAAAAUAUCCAGACCAAAGUGUCUGCAAACCCUGAAAAUACGACUGUAGACAUGACUGUGUAAUAGAGAUAUAGAAAUGUUAAAUAUUCUACAAUAUUUUAUACACAUUACAUGAGAAAAUAUAUUAUAUACACUGCAUACAUUUCAUUCUGACUUGAACUAAACCAAUAUAUAUGCCAUUAAAGAUUUAUUCUAAUGUGGUUAUUUGUUGGGUGAUCCUACUUACAAUGUAUGUUUUAAUGACUUACCUUCUUAAUAAACGUACCAUUCUGUAAAAUAAUUCUAGUCUUAAAAGCUCAUGUAGAAUUUACUGUAUAAUUGAGAUACAGAGAUGUUCAAAACUGUUUUAUAUAACUUAUAUAAUAAAAAAUGUUAUACACACUAUAUGAAUAGUAUGAUGUUGUUACAUUCAAGAAUGCAGCAUUUCAAAUUCUGAACACAGAGCCUUAAAAAUCUCAUGUGGUUCAGCUUUUCUCACAUAGAAAAUAUAAUAUCAGUGUGUAUAAUCAACAGAACAUUUUCUCAUAACUUUGGUUAUAGUCAAAUAUAGUUCACGGAGACCAAAAUAUUUAAGCAAAAUAAGUAAUAUAAAUUAUUUUUAGAGAUUAAUUGAGAAUGACUUUGCUUACCAGAUUUCUUCGGCGACAAUUAACAGUGGAAGGAUAGUCCUACAGAUAGACAGCGCUCAACAAGCUUCAGAUGACUUCAGAAGCAGGUAAGUCUAUGAAGUUAUGAGAGUUAAAGAGACAAGUGAAGACUUUGCUUUAUACAGCUGUAGCAGCAUAUAUAUUGUAAAGGUGACUUUGUGUGGCAAAAUAUAAAUAUAAACAUAUAUUCAUCAAGUAUGGUGUUUAGUAUUAAAUGAAUAAUUAAAAAACACAAUAUUAAAAUAAAUCUAAAAAGCUCUAAUUUCUCACAAACAAACCUAUUUUUAUAUUGUUACAGCAAAACAUUCAGCAUAGAAUUGUACAUAAAUUCAGUUUAAUGAAAAUUCUCUCGAGUCAAUGAUGAGGUCUACCAGCACUGAAGUAACUGCUUUAGUAAUGUUCUUACUAAGUUUUCGGUUGAGGAAAGUUAGUGCAGUAGCUGUAAACUUUCUUUCGUGUUCUAUUAAGGUGUCUAUUGUGUUUGAUUGUAAGCAUUAGUUUUGUCUAGUAUGGUUUUAACUGUUAGAAGCCAUAACUUCUUUGGUGGAUUUUCUUUUGUUGUCUGUGUCUUUGUUUUUCUUAAAUGUCCACUUUUUAAAAUAGAUUGAGUUACGACCAUAGGUUAGAAGAUAGUGUUGACCUUUAUGGUAGACUAUUGGCUAAUUUAGGAUUAUCAAGGCAUUAUAAUUUAUCCAUAACUAUUUCUCUAUAUUGUUGCAUGCCAUGUAAUCACAGUACAAUAUAUUGUAAAUACCUUUACACAAUCCUUUACUAACUGCACAUGGCAUUGCCGUAGUUAUCAUCAAGCUGCGUUUUUGUCAUGUUACUCCAUACAGAAAAAAAGACUUUCAACCAGCGUUAAAUUGAAAAGUGAUAAAGAGUUGAUUUCCAUGCCUAUUCUCAGAAUUGAUUAUAUAAUAUAGUGUGCUCUUUUAUUAUUAUUAUUAUCAAUUUAGGUGUGAGAUGGAGAUAAACACAAGGAACAAUGUGGAUGGAGAUACUGGUUCUUUGAGAAGAGUCUUACAACAAAUUAACAAUGAAGUGCAAACCUUAUCCGGAGAAGUCCAAUGUCUCCAGCAAGAACUUUUCCAGAUGAGGAACAACCAUUCAGGGGUAAAGUGGAAAGAUGUCGAUGGCCUAUUAUUAUAAUUUAUUAAAACACUACUGAGAACAAAGAUGUAUUUGGAAUAAUUACAGGACUUCAAAUGUCAAGUCGUAAGCUCCUAGCCAGGCCUCAAAUGUUUUUUGCCACUGCAGCCUAGAGAAUCCUUGGCACUUUUACCUGUGGUUACUUUGUACGAUGCAGGGCUAAAUUAUUACUACAAAUGUCCGGUUAAUUUUUUUCCAUUAAUUAAUAAAAGUGAACAGUUUUGGGGAUCUCUUUCUUACAUACAUCGUGAGUGUUUGUUUACACAUUCAAACCUAAGGGUUAUUUAUUUCUUUAUAAAUUACUUUUUUUCUUUCAUGUCUUACCCUAGUCCUUUGUCUUUUUCAAAGGAAUUGGAUGGUCUGCGUGCUCAGCUUGGAACCAGAGUCAACGUAGAAAUGAAUGCUGCGCCAUCCAUCGACCUGAACAGAGCUCUAUCUGACCUCAGAGAAGAAUAUGAAAAUAUGAUGGAGAGGAACCUCAGGGAAGUCGAGGGCAUGUUCUUGGCAAGGGUAAUUCUAACCAUAAUAUCAUGAAGCAACUAGCUGACAGUAAACUAUAACACUAAAACUAUAGGCCCAUACCAGAUUGGUAAGAACAGUAUUAUAUUUUUACGUGAAUUUUUUUUUUUCUUGCAGAGUGCAGAACUGGACCGUGAGAUGUCUUUAGGAGCCGUACAAUUGCAGUCAGUUAAUAAUGAUAUCAUUGAUUCAAAGCGCUCUUUACAAACCCUGGAGAUCGAGCUGCAGAGCCACCUAAGUAUGGUAUGUCAGCAUGAAUUAAAAUAUGUAAACAUAUAUAAAGCAACACCAUGACUAUAUUCCGCAUUUGCUGUCUUAAUUGGUUCUAAUAAUGCUUUAUUGACUACAAAGUCACUUGUGUAAGUCUUUAGUUUAAGAAAGUUUACGCUUGGCAAUUUUUUAUGUCACCAAGUUGUGACAGUAAUAGUAACUGCACUUGUGUCUUUUAGAUGAUGUGCAUUUUAUAUAAGUAAUAAUUGUGGAGAUAAAAUAAAAUCCUUUUAUAAUAUGAUAUUUAACAAGUCCUGCUAUUUUUGGAGGUUGACUACAUAAAGUUUGGUUUAAUUGUGUUUUCGAUGAUGACCUUCUAGUUUAUGCUGAAUGCUUUCCCAAGAAAUGUUUCCAUUGCUGUAUAGGAAAUUAUAUCUCAUUCAUAUAUAAAAGAUUAAAGGCAUGUUGAAUGUUAACUCUCAAUUUUAAGAGUUACUUAAUGCGUUUGCACUGAAUCUCCCAAUAUUUCUGGGUGAGCAUUUUAUUAGACAACACACAAAUGUAUCAAUGUGUAGUGGUGGUACUCGUCAACCUUUACUUUCAACAUUUGUAAUCUAUUGUGAGUACACUACAAUAUAUCCAACCAUUGACACACAACACAAAGAAGCAAAGCCAGCUAUUUUAACUAAUAUCAUCAUGAUGGAAUAUGGGAAUGUUUCGAACUUUUAAAUAUAUUAAACAAUAGUACAAUAAUAUGAUGUAAAAAAUAAAUCCCUGAAUAAAGGAUCAUAUACUUAUUUAGUUCAGUAAUAUUGCUGUGUCAUCAUUGGCAGAAAUCAGCUCUAGAGGGCACCUUAUCAGAGACGGAGGCAACGUUUGGUUCUCAGCUCUCCCAGUUACAAUGCAUGAUUGAUAACAUUGAAGGUCAGCUGACACAGAUCCGAUCUGACCUAGAACAACAGAAUCAUGAAUACCAAGUUCUCAUGGACCAGAAGACCCAUCUAGAGAUGGAAAUCAACACCUAUAGACAUCUGCUGGAUGGACAUGACAUUCAGUGUGUAUUACAAUUUUUUGUCAAAUUUAGUUGUUAAGUAUUCAUAUCAAAAAAGGAGAAGAAAAACAAAAUAAUGCUGGUUUAAGUGUAGUCAUCAUGAUGGAAAAGUUGACAAAACCUGGCUAUUGAUAUAUCUUCAUAUUCAUGUAUAACACCAAUAUAUAGGGCGCUUACCUACAUUAAUGAGUAUACAGUCACAAGUGAGCAUAAUAAACAAUAGAAUAUUUUAAAUGACCUUAUAGAACAUAACGUAAAAUAUAAUAUUUGUAACUGAGGUGGGCAGUUAAAUGUUUAUAUUAAUUGCAUAGAUGAGAUAGGUGACCGAGGGAGACAACUAAGGAGGAGAUAAUUAUUGGUCGUAAAUAAAUUACAAAAUGGGGUUUCACAGAAGCUAUAUGUGCAUAGAUGGGUUUUGGGGAACAUAAAAUUAUAAAUGAGGUGGCUGAUUAGAUAGUUUGUUUUAGUAUUAGGGUUUAGAAGGAAGAAUAUGUGCAACUAGGAAGAAUCCAGGAAGUUGGUGGUAAGGAUGUAAAUAAAGCAGAGAUGAGCGUAGUUUACAUAGUAGAUUAAUAAGAAGACGAAGGGAAGUGCAACAUGCUAAUCAGAAGUGGCCAAAACACAUCCCCACCUGUUACAUAACCACAGCUCACAUGUUGCUUUACUAAUUGUAAGGUUGACAGAGCAUCAUUGGGAUUAUAUGUCCGCAAUAGCUGGGCAUCCAUUUUUUUUUUACUAGUUAAAGCAUUAUUAAUUAGUAUAUUAGUAAUCCUGAACGCAUAUUACGAAGUAUGAAGUUUUAAGUACAAUACAAUAUGUGCUGCUCUAUAUUACAGUUAAUUUCACCUAAGGUAAUUGUGUAUUUUUGAUAACAAAUAUAAUACACACCUCUCUCAUAUCAGUUCUUCUAAACAUCUCUAAAUCUUUUCACAGUAUUGCCGAUCAUACCAGUUCUGGAGGUGAGUAAUAUACAUCACAAUAAAAAAAUUAAAUUUGCAAUGAAAAUGCUUAGCUAUGUAUUGCAAUGAUAUUUUAUAUUUCUAAACCUUGCUUAUUGAUCCAACUGUUAUACAGUAUAAAGGGAAUUAACACAGUAAAGGAGGAGACUAUAUUUAAAAGAAGAAAAACUACCACAACAAGAGGUAAUCUUAAAUUAGAGGGACAAAGGUUUAAAAAUAAUAUCAGGAAGUAUUACUUUACUGAGAGGGUAGUGGGUGCACGGAAUAGCCUUCCAGCUGAAGUGGUAGUGGUUAACACAGUGAAGUAGUUUAAGCAUGCGUGGGAUAGGCAUAAGGCUAUCCUAGUUAUAAGAUAAGGACAGUGACUAAUGAAAGUAUUUAGAAAAUUGGGCAGACUAGAUGGGCCGAAUGGUUCUUAUCUGCCGUCACAUUCUAUGUUUCUAUGUUUCUACUACUUUCUUAAGAUUUAAUCAACCCAAAAAUAAAAGAUGUAAUAAAGUCUGUGUGCCCAUCUAAUUUUUCCACGUCUGCUCUGUUCUAGCAUCCCAUCACAACAAGUGCAAGUAA